CGCCAGUAUCAGCUCCAGCGCCAGCAGGGAUGAACUCUAUUCCCAAUGGGAAAGGCCAUGAGACUGUGGAGGAAACCACAGCAGCAGCCAAAACACCACCAGGCGACACCACAGAGCAGUAAGUGUAGACUCAAGUACAAGAUAGUAGACUAUAAACAUACGAAAGUAUACACAGGCUUUUCAUCUCUAAAAGUACAGUAUACACUCUUUAAGAUAGAAGAUAACCUCAUCCCCAGGCUCAAUUGCUUUCGCAUUUAGUGUUCAACAGAGAGAGAGACAGCUGGUGGACAAGAUUAGAUACACAAUAGCAGACAAGAGGAACCUUUUCAUCUAAAAAAGUAUACACUCAGGUACUAGGUAUUAGGCAACAUAUUACGUUGGUUGAGAAUUAAACUAUUAGUGUACUCCCUCACUGAGCCUUAUCGUGUCAGAGAGGUGAGGUGAGCUCUGCUACUGGCUGCCUCGUCCUGCGGGCGGGCUACGGCUGUGACCUACUACUCUCUGAGAGUGUCACGUCUCCCUUCACACACCCCACAACAACAACACUGCUCUUUGUUAACUACUGUGGAUACAGUGAGGGAAAAAAGUAUUUGAUCCCCUGCUGAUUUUGUACGUUUGCCCACUGACAAAGAAAUGAUCAGUCUAUAAUUUUAAUGGUAGGUUUAUUUGAACAGUGAGAGACAGAAUAACAACAACAAAAAUCCAGAAAAACGCAUGUCAAAAAUUUUAUAAAUUGAUUUGCAGUUUAAUGAGGGAAAUAAGUAUUUGACCCCCUCUCAAUGAGAAAGAUUUCUGGCUCCCAGGUGUCUUUUAUACAGGUAACGAGCUGAGAUUAGGGAGUGCUCCUAAUCUCAGUUUGUUACCUGUAUAAAAGACACCUGUCCACAGAAGCAAUCAAUCAAUCAGAUUCCAAACUCUCCACCAUGGCCAAGACCAAAGAGCUCUCCAAGGAUGUCAGGGACAAGAUUGUAGACCUACACAAGGCUGGAAUGGGCUACAAGACCAUCGCCAAGCAGCUUGGUGAGAAGGUGACAACAGUUGGUGCGAUUAUUCGCAAAUGGAAGAAACACAAAAGAACUGUCAAUCUCCCUCGGCCUCGGGCUCCAUGCAAGAUCUCACCUCGUGGAGUUGCAAUGAUCAUGAGAACGGUGAGGAAUCAGCCCAGAACUACACGGGAGGAUCUUGUCAAUGAUCUCAAGGCAGCUAGGACCAUAUUCACCAAGAAAACAAUUGGUAACACACUAUGCCGUGAAGGACUGAAAUCCUGCAGCGCCCGCAAGGUCGCCCUGCUUAAGAAAGCACAUAUACAGGCCUGUCUGAAGUUUGCCAAUGAAUAUCUGAAUGAUUCAGAGGAGAACUGGGUGAAAGUGUUGUGGUCAGAUGAGACCAAAAUCGAGCUCUUUGGCAUCAACUCAACUCGCCGUGUUUGGAGGAGGAGGAAUGCUGCCUAUGACCCCAAGAACACCAUCCCCACCGUCAAACAUGGAGGUGGAAACAUUAUGCUUUGGGGGUGUUUUUCUGCUAAGGGGACAGGACAACUUCACUGCAUCAAAGGGACGAUGGACGGCGCCAUGUACUGUCAAAUCUUGGGUGAGAACCUCCUUCCCUCAGCCAGGGCAUUGAAAAUGGGUUGUGGAUGGGUAUUCCAGCAUGACAAUGACCCAAAACACACGGCCAAGGCAACAAAGGAGUGGCUCAAGAAGAAGCACAUUAAGGUCCUAGAGUGGCCUAGCCAGUCUCCAGACCUUAAUCCCAUAGAAAAUCUGUGGAGGGAGCUGAAGGUUUGAGUUGCCAAACGUCAGGCUCGAAACCUUAAUGACUUGGAGAAGAUCUGCAAAUUAGGAGUGGGACAAAAUCCCUCCUGAGAUGUGUACAAACCUGGUGGCCAACUACAAGAAACGUCUGACCUCUGUGAUUGCCACCAAGUACUAAGUCAUGUUUUGCAGAGGGGUCAAAUACUUAUUUCCCUCAUUAAAAUGCAAAUCAAUUUAUAACAUUUUUGACAUGCGUUUUUCUGGAUUUUUGUUGUUAUUAUUCUGUCUCUCACUGUUCAAAUAAACCUACCAUUAAAAUUAUAGACUGAUCAUGUAUUUGUCAGUGGGCAAACGUACAAAAUCAGCAGGGGAUCAAAUACUUUUUUCCCUCAUUGUAUGUGUGUGGAAAUGUGGGUAAUGGGUACCUAGUACUACCUAGUGUCAGGGCCUGCGUUCCUUUGCCCUACUAAUCAUGAGGUCACCUCUAUCAGGACGGAACAGACAUGGCCAUCAGUCACAGGAAAUUACAUCAACUGUUUAACAUGUACAGUGUCUCCCCAUGCCCCCUUAAGUAGUUGAAUACAUCAGUUUACCCAGACUGUCAUUUUCUCCAACAUGGCCGGAUUACUGAGGGGGUGUUUUUUGUUUUUCCUCUUUGUGCUUUCAUUGGAUGAUGGAACGUCUUUCUCUACGCUACUUUGUAGGGAAAUUGUUCCCAAUAGUGCCCAAAAUGUCAGGUAUGUAAAAUUUACACGGAAGGGAUAUGUUUCAGUGUACUGUUUCUCACCAUUACAAUCACAAGUUGUGAUAAGGACAGAACAGUAUCAACCAGACACCUAUAGCAGUAGAAUGUUAUCCUAUGUGAUUCCACGAUUCUCUCAGAUAGAGUGUCCUUGAGUUGUGGUUUUAUAACAUUGUUCUUGCUUCAUGUUGUUAUGACUGUGCUUUGUUCACAUGAAUCCCCACAGAAGUGAGGAUCCAGAGGCCAACCUCGCAGAGAGUCAGGAGUUCCUGUCUAACAUGGAGGACAAGAAGACCACACGCUUCACAGAUGUAAGUGGAAUUUAUAGGCUGCUUUGGCCACAGUGGAUGGUUCAGAUGAAUCUGUAACGUGUUCAUUCUCUCCUUCUGUAAAGCAACUUUGAUUGUUGUAACCAUUGUGCUAACAAGCAUGUUCACCUCUAUGUGUUUCUCCAUGGAAUCAGUUUGAGGGGAAAACCUCUUUUGGAAUGUCAGUGUUCAACUUGGGCAACGCCAUCAUGGGAAGUGGAAUUCUGGGAUUGUCGUAUGCCAUGGCCAACACAGGUGUCGUUCUAUUCCUGUGAGUCAACAUGGAUGGAUGGCUGGAUGAAUUCAUUAAUUAAUGGAUGAAUGGAUGGAUGGAUGGAUGGAUGAAUGAAUGGAUGGAUGAGUUCAUGAUUGUGAUGAACAUAGAUGACCAACAGUUCUAUAUGAUUAAUGAUAAGAUCAAUUGGUACUGUAGAUGUAUGUACAUGGAUGUAAACCCAGUCAGGAAUGUGUGCAUUAGCCACAAAUGUUCCUCUGAUUCAAUUGCAUUCCGUUUAGCCCUUCUGAAUGGAGCUCCUCCUUGGACAGAAAUACCCCUGUAAUUAUUUAAAGGCUAUUAACCAGGCGGUAGACUUUGUAUGUGACAGCCCUAAUUGAACAGUCUCUAAAUAAAAGGCUGACGUGUAAAUACGGCAUCAUUACUGUGAUAGCUAUCAUAACUACAGCAGUGACACACUGGUGGUGUGUAACACCCUGUGUUUCAUGAUACACAUCUGCAUUGAGAUCAAUAGGGGUUUCAAGCCCUGUGUGUAAUAAUGAAACAUAAUGGCGAGGUCUCAUUACUAUGCUAAUAGCAGCGUUGUGCUGCUGUGUUAAACCAAUGCAAUUAUAAUGAUGGAUGCUGGAAAUAACCUCAAUGUGCUUGCAUCUUCAUGUCCUAUCUUGUGCUGUGAUUGAAUGUGUGAAUACUGAAUGUACAUGAAUGCGUUCUCAGGGGUCUGCCAUGCCAGCUAGGGAGAAUAAUCUGGGCUGUGGUGGCAUCUGCUGUCAGGACAAGUCACAGAGAGUUUAGUUUAACAGCUGCCAGAUUAGUCAUAGAGGGGUUAUGUAAUGUGUUUGUGGGUUUAGCACCUACCCCGGCCCAGAUUAGGCUGUGGUGAUCUUCUUGCAUGUCAUUGUACAAUAUGACCCCACUGUUAGAUGACAGUCUCACCUCAAAUCUCAGGAAUAGAAGGUCGGAUGGAGCGGCAGGGAAAGUUCAGCGCUGCCUUGUGUGAGAGCUACCCAGCCUGAUUGAUAGAUGUGGGAUUAUAUCAGGGAUGACACAGGAGCACUGAAACACAUGCAAUUUGUCCACAGUCCUGCACAAAAUGAGAGGCCAGGUCUUGGAUUUGAGAGGGCACAGGUGUCAAUAAAGUGUUUAGUAGAAUAAGAAGACUUAGUGACACACCUGUUCCGCUGUCUGUCUGUCUGUCUGUCUGACCCCCACUGACAGUCUAAUCUGUUUCUGUUGAAUAUAAUAUGCAUUAUGAGGUUUUGAGUCCAUGGGCUUUUCAAAGGACACAUCCAGCUCAGGUUUCCUGUUGUUAAUCUCACCCAUCAAUCAUUGAAAGAUACCAUAACAUCCACACUCCCUUGUCUUCCUCCUAUUAGAAUCACACCUCCUAAACCCAGCUGCUAGGAUACAAGGUGUUAGUGGUCAUGGGAUCUGGAUUGUUAAGUCUUGUUCCAUAAAACUCUGUGUGUGUGUCACACCCUGGCUCUGGGGACUCUAUAUGUUGAGCCAGGGUGUGUAUAUUCUAUGUAGUGUAUUUCUGUGUUGGCCAGAGUGGUUCCCAAUCAGAGGCAACGAGUGUCAGCUGUUGCUGGUUGUCUCUGAUUGGGAGCCAUAUUUAUAGAGGCUGUUUUCCCACAGGAGUUGUGGGAUCUCGUUCCUUUCGGUGUGUUCCUAGUUAGGUUUGUCCUUUGGAUGUCACGUAUCGUUUGUUGUUUUGUUUCGCUGUUUGUGUUAUCAUUCGAUAAAUAAAGUAUGUUUGCUUUCAACGCUGCGCCUUGGUCCACUCACUCUAACGAUCAUGACAGAAGAUCCCACCAUACCAGGACCAAGCAGCGUGUCCAGGAGCAGGCGGCCUGGACAUGGGAGGAAGCGCCGGGAAAGGAGCUGGAAAGGUUGGCGACGGCCCAGGUGGGCAAAUCGUGGUCCUGGGAGGACAUGCUCGGGGGCAAGGGGCCAUGGGCUAAGAAUAAGGCCCUGUCGAGAGAGGAGCAACGGCGUCAACAGUGUCGUCGUCGGACGGACGAGAGGCAACCCCAGAAAAUUUUUAGGGGGGGGCACACGGCAUGGGCGACUGGGCAGCAGGAGGCUGCCACAGGGCGAAAUGGGAGACGAGGAGAGAAGGCCACCGGGUUACGGGAGCCAUUGGUGAGAGGAGGGAAGGAAGUUGUAGAGGCACGGCGAGAGGUACUGAGGUGUAUUGCCAGUCCGGUCCGGCCCGUUCCUGUUCCUCGCACCAAGCCUACGGUGUGCGUCGCCAGCCCGGCCCGGCCUGUUCCUGCUCCACGCACCAAGCCUACGGUGCGCGUCGCCAGCCCGGCCCGGCCUGUUCCUGCUCCACGCACCAAGCCAGGGGUGCGUAUCGUCAGUCCGGUACGGCCCGUUGCUGCUCCACGCACCAAGCCAGGGGUGCGCAUCGUCAGCCCGGUCCGGCCCGUUCCUGUUCCACGCACCAAGCCAGGGGUGCGCAUCGUCAGCCCGGUACGGCCCGUUCCGGCUCCACGCACCAAGCCAGGGGUGCGCAUCGUCAGCCCGGUCCGGCCCGUAGCUGCUCCACGCACCAAGCCAGGGGUGCGCAUCGUCAGCCCGGUCCGGUCCGUCCCUGCUCCACGCACCAGGCCAGGGGUGUGCGUCGUCAGUCCGGCACAACCCGUGCCUGGGUCACCGGUGCCUGGUCAGGUACCGGUCAGCUGCUCCACACCGGAGCUGAAGCAAUCCGCUUCUACGAUGUCCAGUCCAGCUCCGGUCAGCGGGGCCAGACCAGACCAGGGGCGCCACGGGGGGAUGGUUGAAGGGUGGUGGUCUAGCCCGGAGCCGGAACCGCCUCCGAGGAGGAAUGCCCACCCAGCCCUCCCCUGGGUUGUUGAUGUUUAGGCGCGGUCAAGGUCCGCGCCUUUAGGGGGGGGUACUGUCACACCCUGGCUCUGGGGACUCUAUAUGUUGAGCCAGGGUGUGUAUAUUCUAUGUAGUGUAUUUCUGUGUUGGCCAGAGUGGUUCCCAAUCAGAGGCAACGAGUGUCAGCUGUUGCUGGUUGUCUCUGAUUGGGAGCCAUAUUUAGAGAGGCUGUUUUCCCACAGGAGUUGUGGGAUCUUGUUCCUUUCGGUGUGUUCCUAGUUAGGUUUGUCCUUUGGAUGUCACGUAUCGUUUGUUGUUUUGUUUCGCUGUUCGUGUUAUCAUUCGAUAAAUAAAGUAUGUUUGCUUUCAACGCUGCGCCUUGGUCUACUCCGUCUAACGAUCGUGACAGUGUGCUGUGUGCUGUAAGCCUUCAUCAUGCUGCUUUUAUUAGAAAACUCUCCUAGCCCCAGGGAUUUGUUUACCAUGCGACCUUGGAUAGGAUUACAAUACAAUAGCUCUCUACCUAGAGGUCAGUGGUGUAAAGUACUUAAGUAAAAAUACUUUAAAGUACUACUUAAGUCGUUUGUUUUGGUAUCUGUACUUUACUUUUCUGUUCAUAUUUUUGAAUACUUUCACUUUUACUUCACUACAUUCUUAAAGACAAUAAUGUACUUUUUACUCCAUACAUUUUCCCUGACAACCAAACGUACUUGUUACACUUUAAAUGCUUAGCAGGACAGGAAAAUGGUCCACUUUACACAUUUAUCAAGAGAACAUCCCUGGUCAUCUCUAUUGCCUCUGAUCUGGCGGACUCACUAAACACAAAUGCUUUGUUUGUAAAUUAUGUCUGAGUGUUGAAGUGUGCCCCUGGCUAUCCGUUAAUAAAAAUAAAAUAAAAAUUGUGCCAUCUAGUUUGCUUCAUAUAAGCAAUUUGAAAUGAUUUAUACACUUACUUGUAAAACUUAAGUACUGUAUAUUUGUGCAAUUACAUUUAGUUUUGAUACUUAAGUAUAUUUAAAACAAAAUACGUUUAGACUUUUACUCAAGUAUUUUACUGGGUGACUUUCACUCAUACAUACUUGAGUCAUUUUCUAUUAAGGUACAUUAUUUAUACAAAAGUAUGUGGACACCCCUUCAAAUUUGUGGAUUUGGCUAUUUCAGCCACACACGUUACUGACAGGUGUAUAACAUCGAGCAUACAGCCAUGCACUCUCCAUAGACAAACAUUGUCAGUAGAAUGGCCUUACUGAAGAGCUCCGUGACUUUCAACAUGGCACUGUCAUAGGAUGCCACCUUCCAACAAGUCAGUUCAUCAAAUUUCUGCCCUGCAAGAGCUGCCCCGGUCAACUGUAAGUGCUGUUAUUGUGAAGUGGAAACGUCUAGGAGCAACAACUGCUCAGCCGCGAAGUGAUAGGCCACACAAGCUCAUAGAUUGGGACCGCCGAGUGCUGAAGCGCGUAGCGAGUAAAAAUCGUCUGUCCUUGGUUGCAACACUCACUACCAAGGUCCAAACUGCCUUUGGAAGCAACGUCAGCACAAUAACUGUUCUUCGGGAGCUUCAUGAAAUGGGUUUCCAUGGCCGAGCAGCUGCACACAAGCCUAAGAUCACCAUGCGCAAUGCAAGCAUUGGCUGGAGUGGUGUAAAGUUCGCUGCCAUUGGACUCUGGAGCAGUGGAAACGCGUUCUCUGGAGUGAUGAAUCAUGCUUCACCAUCUGGCAGUCCGACAGACUAACCAGGAGAACGCUACCUGCCCGAAUGCAUAGUGCCAACUGUAAAGUUUGGUGGAGGAGGAAUAAUGGUCUGGGGCUGUUUUUCAUGGUUCGUGCUAGGCCCCUUAGUUCCAGUGAAGGAAAAUCUUAACGCUACAGCAUACAAUGACAUUCUAGAUGAUUCUGUGCUUCCAACUUUUUGGCAACAGUUUGGGGAAGGCCCUUUCCUGUUUCAGCAUGACAAUGCCCCCGUACACAAAGCGAGGUCCAUACAGAAAUGGGUUGUCAAGAUCGGUGUGGAAGAACUUGACUGGUCUGCACAGAGCCCUGACCUCAACCCCAUUGAACGCCUUUGGGAUUAAUUGGAAGGCCGACUGCGAGCCAGGCCUAAUCGCCCAACAUCAGUGCCUGACCUCACUAAUGCUGUUGUGGCUGAAUGGAAGCAAGUUCCCGCAGCAAUGUUCCAACAUCUAGUGGAAAGCCUUCCCAGAAGAGUGGAGGCUGUUAUAGCAGCAAAGGGGGGACCAACUCCAUAUUAAUGCCCAUGAUUUUGGAAUGAGAUGUUUGACGAGCAGGUGUCCACAUACUGUUGGUCAUGUAGAAUCCUGUGUGGCUCAGUUGGUAGAGCAUGGCACUUGCAAUGCCAGGGUUGUGGUUUCGAUUCCCAUGGGGGACAAGUGUGAAAUGUAUGCACUCCCUGCUUUAAGUCGCUCUGGAUAAGAUUAGAUUACAAAAAUCUAGUGUAUCUUUACUUUUACUCAAGUAUGACAAUUGGCUACUUUUUCCACCACUGUUAGAGGUAAAGCAAUGUUUUGGAUGUGUGUAGUAAUGCCAAAUCCAUUGACUGUGUACUAGCAGUAGCACAGGUUUUAGAGUCAGUGGAAUUGUAGGUAGGUGACACAAUAUUUUAUUUUCAAACUAGAGGUAGUAUGUGUUUGUCUUAUUGGCAGCAUGCCCACAUUUCUCACCAAAUGUGACUAAAAUGAAGCAUUGAUCAUAUUUAAGACAACCAUGACCGACACAAAUAUUAUUGAAAGACUGUUUCCAAGCUUUCUGCCUAGAGUCAUGUCUAGAGGAGUUUUUUCCACAGUGUAAACAGCUCUUUAUUUUGAGCUGGGUGGUGUGACUGUGGUUUCUCAACCUGUCUUCUGUCUGGUCUGGACUGAUCUGGACCGGCUGAACCCUGGGUUACUACACUGUCUGUUUGUCUGUCUGUGACACCUGGCUUACAGUAUAUACAACCUUAACUGCUCCUGUGCAACCUAAAACUAAACAUGCUUCACUCACUGUUCAUGUGAAAUGUACAGAUGUAGGAUCUUCAUUUGAGCCAGUUUGCUACAGCAGGAAAAUAGUCUUUCUGCAACAGGAAAUGUGAAUUAUAAUGUGGAUUAUAAUUAAUGGGCAUUUUUGUAGGGGUUGAUACAUUUUUUUCAUUAGGGCAAUUCAAGUCUGAAAUGUCAAAGUGGAAAUUACAAACUUUAAAAGCCUUUUUAAAACUCAAAUACACUACAAGUUUGCAUUUCCUGCUUUGCAGGAGUGAUCAAAUUAAUAUCCUACAGUGACACACAGUGUAGCAAAUAUCAGUAUGCAUUUACAGUAUGUAUUUAUGUAUCUACUACAAAUGACUUAGAUCCACGUGCCUCAAAUCAUUAUAGAUUUGAGAAAGAGAAGGAGAGAAACAUGUAGAGCAGGGAUGGACAGCCGGCAGCCCUCCUUUUGAAGGCCCUCGGAUACAUUUUAAGACCCUACGUCUGUACAUUUCACAUGAACAGUGAGUGAAGCUUGUUUAGUUUGAGAUUGCACAGGAAACUCAGUCGGGGUCUCAACAUACUGUUGCAAGCUAGAGUAGUAGAAUACACAAGGUGCAAUUUUGAAAUUUAGUUGCGCAUCAGCAGUUUUUGUCUUGUUAUGUCAGUAACUGAUAGUCACGCAAUUAGCCCAUGUCAGCUAACAUAUUUUAGGUUGGUAAGUUAGUCUUUAUUUAUUUUAUUUUAUUUAACCUUUAUUUAACCAGGUAAGCCAGUUGAGAACAAGUUCUCAUUUACAACUGCGACCUGGCCAAGAUAAAGCAAAGCAGUGCGGUAAAAACAACAACAACACAGAGUUACAUAUGGAAUAAACAAAACGUACAGUCAAUAACACAAUAGAAAAUCUAUAUACAGUGUGUGCAAAUGUAGUAAGUUAUGGAGGUAAGGCAAUAAAUAGGCCAUAGUGCAAAAUAAUUACAAUUUAGUAUUAACACUGGAGUGAUAGAUGUGCAGAAGAUGAUGUACAAAUAGAGAUACUGGGGUGAAAUGAGCAAAAUAGAUAACAAUAUGGGGAUGAGGUAGUUGGGUGGGCUAAUUACAGAUGGGCUGUGUAUAGGUGUAGUGAUCGGUAAGCUGCUCUGACAACUGAUGCUUAAAGUUAGUGAGGGAGAUAAGUGUCUCCAGCUUCAGAGAUUUCUAGCAGCCAGCUAUCAAAAUGUUGUAAUUAUGGUCGCAGACCCGGGAGCAACUGCUGCCCCUCAUGAUGACUUCAUAUUUUUUGUGGCCUCCACCCUCAUCAAAGUUGCCCAAUCCUGAUGUAGAGGUACUCGGGAGGGGGACAGCGAGUCAAGCAACUUUUCAGUGGACCACUGUGUGCUGUGCUCCAGCCUCCAGGGUGCAACUCCCUCUCCUCUCCUCUUUUUUCUGCCAGCGUACCUUGUCAGUCUGAAUCUUAGCUGCUCAUUCCCAAGGGGGACAGCAGACCUACAUAGCAGCAGCACGUGCUUCUCUGAACACAGAAAACCAAAGGGAAACUCAACAACACACCAAACUAACAUCACAUCAAUACAGUGGCAUCCCAUUAGCCCGGGUACCAUUUUUUACAUUUUAGUCAUUUAGCAGAUGCUCUUAUCCAGAGCGACUUACAGUUAGUGAGUGCAUACAUUUUUCAUACUGGCCCCCGUGGGAAUCAAACCCACAACGCUGGCGUUGUAAACACCAUGCUCUACCAACUGAGCUACACGGGGCCUAGUCUGUUUAGCUAACAUUCCACUCCUUUUAUUCCAUGUCAUAUGCCAAAGAUGCUUAGCAUGACAGGAGUGGCACGGAGUGGAAUGAUAGCUAAACAGACUGGUACCCAGACUAGCAUCCAAUCCCUCCAGUGCUUUAUCCUACCCUUUCCUUUGACCUCACCUACUGUAACACCUACUCUGUCCAUUGGAGCAUUACAGCACUGACAAGCGUUCCAGUCAUCCACUAUUGGUAUGGCACUGCAGUCUGCUCUAAGGCAUGGUGUGUCAGACUCACAUCUGACACCAUUCAUGCCUGUGUAUGAGUGUAGGGCCAGGGGGGCCAUGGGACCUGUAGCCUAUAGCCUCCACUGGGUCCCAGCAACUGACUGGUGGGAUUGCUGUAAGGAGAUUUCUGUGUUUCCUGGAAGGAAAGGGGCCGGAGCGGAGGCAGGCAGAGGGCUACUGACUGUGUAUAACACCUCUGGGCCUGACUGUUGUGUCAUGUGGGCUUUAGCUGAACAAAGAGGAUGUUCAGAGGCUGUAUGGAGGGAGGUGGCUGUGCACUGGCCCUUAUUUGCAACCCAUUCACAUCCCAUUCACAUUUCAAACCCUAUUAAACCUGUUGCCCAUGUAGUGUAUGCACAUUAACUGAAUGUUUUACAUGUACACACAGGGGUAAGGUUAGGAGACAUGACAUCUCACCUCAUUAUGAGAGCUAUAAUAUUAAUAAGGUUGCAUUGCAGAGCUACCUCACCACUGACAGUCAGACAUAUUACGUGACAGAGCUACACCCAUGUAGCUUUUUUGCCCCGUUGUAGUGGUCUAACAUUUCAGAUUAUAGUGGAGACUUAAGUUGUCACACACAGAGGUCUCAACCGGGCCCUGGCACUGGCACUGGCCCUUGCGGGAAUGCAGUGGGGGAGAGUGUCUGUCUGUCUCUCUGUCUGUCUCUCUGUCUCUGUCUGCCAGUCUGCCUGUCUGUCUAACUGUCCCACUGUUCCCACCACUGUACCGGCUGACAUCUCCUCCACCACAAAUCAGCCCUGCUGCAUUCUUCCACCAAGCCGCCCGAGACACAGAACAAUGUGAAACGGCAUAUAGUUGAAUUCGAGGUGAAAGACGUGCUUUGCCUCUCUGACGCAAGCCCAGGUCCAGUUGCCAAGAGUAACAAUUUGAAAGAAAUGUGAAAGAAAAAAAGUUACAGUUAGAGAGAGGAGGAGCAGGAGUUGCUCUGGGAAGUGAGCAGAAAGAUCAGGUUUCUGUGUUCCGUCCAUCCAGAUUGGUCUAUUCGGCCAGAUGUUGGCCGUUGGGGGCUGGAGCAGUAUUUUGGGAGAUCUUGGACCAGAGAGUCUUGUAUUUUUCCUCUCCGUUAACUCUGUGGUUUUUCCUCAGCUCAAUGUCAGCGUUGCUUUGUAAAUAUUUCCACCUUUAAAUAGCGCCCCUAAUGUCCUUGUGGUUGUUUCUCAUCGUGGGGGAAUGGGGGAGAUAUUCGUAGAUAAUACAGCCAGCAAGACUGAUGCUCUGUAAGGCUGAGGCUCUGUAUGAGGCUAACCCAAGACCCCAUAACCAAAGACUCAAGACCCCAUAACCCAACACCCAGCUGUACAUCCAGCUGAAUAAAUGGUUUACAUGGAGGAAUGUUAUCUAUAGAGCCAUGGAUUAGGACAGCUGUUACUGUCAUACUGCACCAGAAUGUGCUGGGUCAUCAAGUUCAAUAAGGAUGAGGUUGAUGAUGAUGAUAAUAAUGAUGAUGAUUAUUACAAUAAUGAUUUUGAUGAUGAAUAUGGUGAUGAAGAUGAUGAUCAUUAUGACAACGAUGGUGUUGAGGAUGGUGAUGAGGAGGAGGAGGAUGGUGGUGGUGGUGGUGAUGAUGGUGUUGAUGAGGAGAUUGAUGAUAAUGAGGAGAUUGAUGAUAAUGAGGAGAAUGAUGAGGAGGAGAAUGAUGAUGAUGGUGUUGAUGAGGAGGAUGAUGGUGAAGAUGAUAAUGAUGAUGAUAACAAGGUUUUUUCUGGAUAAGAAAGGAGCUUAGGUGGUGGGCGUGGCAGGGGACGUGUUCACCCCGUCGGCAUGGCUGAAUUUUAGAGAAAAUUUUCUCAAAUUUCUCCAUGGAGCUGUUAGAAAUUAGUGAAGUUUUAAAGCACAUUUCCUGCGAUUCUACAUAUUCUGCCAUGGAGCUAAGAGAACAUUUUGCAGUUUUAAAGCAAAUUUCCUACAAUUAUAUGCAUUUUGCCAUGGCUAAUCUUGUGUUAUUUUGCUAAAACAUAUUAACAAAAAUAUAUACUGCUAAAUUAAUUGUUGUUGGAAUUUUCAAUUCACCCUGACUGUCUAGCUUUUAUUUAGCUGAUUGUUAGUUCUCACAGAUUAUAUUAUAAAAAAUAUAUAGGCCCAUUAUCUUUUCUACAUACUUUAUAUCUUGUUUUAGGAAUACCUGGGAUAGGAUAAAGUAAUCAUUCUACCCCCCCCUUACCCCAACCCACCCCCCCCCCCCCAAAAAAAAAAAAAAAAAAAACAUUGUAAAGUUGUUAUCCCACUGGCUAUAAGGUGAAUGCACCAAUUUGUAAGUCGCUCUGGAUAAGAGCGUCUGCUAAAUGACGUAAAUGUAAAUGUAGUCGUUUAAGUUUACACAAAAAGCGUUUUUCUAUCAAGAAAAUGUAUUUAGGCGACCUGAAAAAAUGCUUAGGCGGCCCGCCCAAGGAUUUCAAUGACAGAAAAAUCCCUGUAAUUAUGACAAUGAUGGUGUUGAUGAUGAUGAUGAUGAUGAGGAUGAUGAUGUUGAAGCUCUCUCCUCUCUCCUCUGCAGGGUGCUCCUGACAGUAGUGGCUGUCCUCUCAUCUUACUCCAUCCACUUGCUUCUUAAGUCAUCUGGCAUUGUGGGUAUGUAGUCUUCAAACCAUGAGCAGGACUUUUGUUGGAGACCAUACACCAGUCAACCCCUACAGUCCCUGUCAGGAAGACUAAUGUCAUGAUAACAUCCCAUAGCCUCACAGCCUGCCUCUUCUCUUUAGCAUAUGUGACCCACCAUCUCUUUUCGGUCUUAUUUCCCCCCGAUUUUUUUUUUUUUUACAGUGGAUAAAAGUACAGACUCAGAGCUUCGAAAUGUUAUAUCAUACACUGCAGUUGAGGAACAAUGGGAAAGUAAUGCUGCUUUGAAAGUUGGUCCUUAAAUGGUUUGGUACACCUACUAGAGAGCUCUUCUUUGUUUACACCCAUUUAGCAUCGUUCACACCCUCUUAAGCCUUAGCCCCACCAAUCUCUUGAAGGAUUCACAUGUGAGGCCAUGUGCUAAACAUAGUGAGUAAGGUAGUGUAGUAAACAACAAAAGAUUUCAAGACUAAAAGUGGUGAAAGUAGUAGCCUACAAUUAGGAAAAACUCUAGGUAAAAAUACACUUUAUCUAGUCCUUGGCCUAUAUUCUAAUCUGACCUUGGUGCAGGUCAUGUUGUUCUUCACAUUACUGUCUAUGGUAAAAGAGAGGCUAUAACCCCCUCCCAGCCACAUCUAGCUAAGUGGAUGGGUCUCUAUUGUCUAGACCUCUUCACAUGUUCAAGAAAUACAAUAGGCCAUAUCACCCCCAGACACACCUGGCUAAAUUGAUGGGACAUGUAAUCAUUUGGCGAAGUGGAGUCUUUUGUUUAGACAUGUAGCUAGCGAGCUAGCUAAACAAUUAACCAUAAUCCCAACCCAUACAGUAUAACAAUACAAAUUGAUUGUCAUAGCUAGCCAUCAUGCAUGAAAUGAUGUAGUAUGAAUCUGCAGGUAGCUAAAGCUAACCAACUAGGUUCAAUGUUAGCUAGCUAGCUAACAGUAGUCUAUAACUAGCAAUGCAAAUGGUUUUCUGAGAUAUUAAUAAUAUUACUACACAGAUCAUACACAUAGCUAGCUAGCUAGCCAGCCAGCUAACGUUAACUAGCUAGCUAACAUUAUGCUUUAACUUGCAAUGAAAACAACUUUGACAAAAUGUGAAAUGUAUAAUAUGUGAAAAUGUAGCUAGACUCUUACCCGUAUACAUGGAAUGCUUCACGGCAGACUGGAACCCCUUUCACUAAGUAAGAAGUUCUCUGUCAUUUGCAUUUUGUUUCUACAGCUUGCUUGGGCCGUUGUGUCAAGUCACUCCGGUUCACACUGACUGUGUGCAAUGCCAUAAGAAUCAUCAUAUCUUUCUCACUCUCUGUCACGGAUGCCAUGGUUGCCCUUGGUUUGAAGAUGUAAUCCGGAAGACAGGUGUUUUAUACAACAGCCUUCUGUGCUCUCUUUUCGACUCCCUCCGCAUUUGCAAUCAAACAUCCAAAUUUCCUUCACCUUGUUCUCAUACUCCGCUUCCACCAGGCAUUCCACUGAUUUCAAAACUCGGUCAACUUCUUCCGUGACAACAACACUGUUGAUCUCAGUUUCUUCCCCAUCACUGUCGUCAGAAGAGACUCUACAAUAUCUGGUUCAAUUAAAAUGUUUUUACCUAAGUCAGGGAUUUCCUCAUCGUCUGAUUCAGUUUUAGAGUCAGAGAGAGUCAGCAUGGCACGAUCGUCCUCCAGAAAGUAGUACAUUAAAACUUUUUUCCACUAAUCUUGCACCUGCUAAAUUCAGGGCAGCAAUGUUGUUGAGAGCAGUAGCAACACUUUUGCAGUUCUCCAUGGCUAACAUUAUAUCUUUAAAAAAAGCUGUGGUAGCAAGGAUUAUCUACACAUACUGAGGAGCUCAUGUUAUAGACAGAAGCAUGCUACAUGGCAGACCAAUCAGAACUCAUCUCUCAGCAUGUCCAGCCCAUCCAUUAUCUCAGCCAAUCAUGGCUAUCGGGAAGGUUCCUGUCUUUUUCUGUGGCUAAACCAACUAGGCUCGUAAUUUAACAAUUGUAUUCGUAUUUACAGAUGACAUAUACAUUUGUUAUUAAUGCACAUGAAAGUUUACAUGUUCAAGAAGGAAUUUCUGCAUAAAUUUUUUAUUUUUAUUUAAAAAAACCUGUGAAGUAGUGAGGCCUGUCAUACGCCCAGCUUUCUGAAAUGGGGCACAUAUGUCUAAUUAGACUGAUCACUAGGAAUUCACAUUCCCCUCUCCAGUGCCCUCCAUUCUGAUAUGCUUUAAUAGCAUGGCUUUUCUGCAUGCUCUACGCCGCAGUACAGUUCUGUAUGUUAAUGUGUUUGAUGACUGUGCCUCAGGUAUCCGGGCGUAUGAACAGCUUGGCCAAAGGGCGUUUGGAACGCCAGGCAAGAUGGCUGCCGGCAUCGCCAUCACACUGCAGAACAUCGGAGGUGAGGGCUCUGUCACAUGCACGCACACGCGCACACACACACACACACACACACACACACACACACACACACACACACACACACACACACACACACACACACACUGAAUUCACUGUUUUUGUUAUGUUUUCUAUUGUUUUCUCAAGGGGAUAUAUCAGCACAACAUCAAAGUAUUCAAUCUGAAAGGGAUAAAAGGGAUUAGCAUGUGUGUCAGUGUGUGUUUUAAAAUACAUUUAGAUUUGCUGGAAUAUGAUAAUCUCUCUUGUAUUUCCAGGAUAAUAUGCACAGCCUGCACAAGCAUUAAGUGUGUGUGUAUACAUUGUGUGUGUAUAUACUGUGUGUGUAUACUGAGUGUGUAUACUGAGUGUGUAUAAGUGUGAGUGUGUGCAUGUGUGUUUAUGUCUGUAUACAGUGUAUGUGUGUGAUCCUAUUACUAAUAUCUGUCUCUCUGUGUGUCCCUCCCACAGCCAUGUCCAGUUACCUGUACAUAGUGAAGUAUGAGUUCCCUCUGGUCAUCCAGGCCUUCCUGGGGGUCGACAAGCCAUCAGGGUGAGUAACAUACAGCAUGUUUUUUACUUAUCACACAUAUUACAACAGUAACAUAGACUGUUCUGAAACAGUUCUGAAUGUAUCAGGCAAGGAGGGAGAGGUGACUAGCUGUGUUUUCAUCCAGUUGUAUGGAUGGGCAUUAAAGUUCAGCAGAAGGAGAUAUGAUCCAACAGUGAAUUCCUCCAGUUAUCCUGAGCCAGUGUUAAACCACCACAGGAGAAACCUCCUCUCAGGUUGAGCCAAUCUAAUUCUAAGGUGCCAACUGGCACUGACAGGUCUGCAGCCCUUUGUGUCACCAUGUGAUGAGGUGUGAAUGACGGAGUCAGGCGCAGGAGGUAAAACACAGAAAUCAAGAGUUUAUUCAGUGUACAAUAAUGUAGUGCAUAUAGCGACAGAUCGAAAUUAGCACAAGGGAAAAUCAACCUUGGCUGCAUACAAGUAAAGAGUAGCUCAACCGAGGAUAUCCCUCACCGAGACCCAGCACUGUUCCUCCGGACCGUACCCUUCCUACUCCACGAGGUACUGAAGGCCCCCCACCCGGCACCUCGAUUCCAGGAUGGACCGGACAGAGUACGCCGGCGCCCCCUCGAUGUCCAAAGGAGGUGGAGGGACCUCCCGCACCUCAGACUCCUGGAGCGGACCAGCCACCACCGGCCUGAGGAGAGACACAUGAAUCGAGGGGUUAAUACGGUAAUCAGGGGGGAGUAAUAACCUAUAUGUGACCUCGUUGAUUCUCCUCAGGACUUUGAAUGGCCCUACAAACUGUGGGCUCAGCUUCCGGCAGGGCAGGCAUAGGGGCAGAUUCCGGGUCGAGAGCCAGACCCGAUCCCCCGGUACAAAGACGGGGGCCUCACUGCGGUGACGGACAGCGUUGGCCUUCUGACGACGCACUGCGCAUUGGAGGUGAACAUGGGCAGCGUUCCACGUCUCCUCCGCGUGCCGAAACCAGUCAUCCACUGCAGGAGCUUCGGUCUGGCUCUGGUGCCACGGUGCCAAAACCGGUUGAUAACCUAAAACACACUGAAAUGGUGUUUGGUUCGUAGAGGAGUGGCGGAGAGAGUUCUGGGCAUAUUCUGCCCAUGGCAGGAACACCGACCACUCCCCCGGCCGGUCCUGGCAAUAGGACCUCAGGAAUCUACCCACAUCCUGAUUAACCUGUUCCACCUGCCCAUUAUUCUCAGGGUGGAACCCAGAGGUCAGGCUGACCGAGACUCCCAGACGUUCCAUGAACGCCUUCCAGACUUUUGACAUGAACUGGGGACCUCGGUCAGACACUAUAUCCUCUGGUACCCCGUAGUGCCGGAAGACGUGUGGAAACAGGGCCUCCGCAGUUUGCAGAGCCGUGGGGAGACCGGGCAGAGGAAGGAGGCGGCAGGCCUUCAAAGCGGUCCACAACGACCAGGAUGGUGGUGUUCCCUUGAGAGAGAGGCAGAUCAGUUAAAAAAUCAACACUCAAAUGAGACCAUGGUCAUUGUGGAACUGGUAAAGGUUUUAACUUACCCACUGGGAGGUGCCUGGGUGCCUUACUCUGGGUGCACACUGAGCAGGAGGAAACAUACACCCUCACGUCCUUAGCCAAGGUAGGCCACCAGUACUUUUCGGUCAGGCAGCGUACUGUACGACCGAUACCUGGGUGACCAGAGGAGGGUGACGUGUGUGCCCAGUAGAUCAGACGAUCACGGAUAAGCGCAGGCAUGUACUGCAGCCCAGCUGGACACUGAGGUGGAGAUGGGUCUGUGCGUAAUGCCUGCGCUAUAUCCGCGUCCAUCACCCAUACUACUGGCGCCACAAUGCAGGAGUCUGGCAGUAAGGGGGUAUUGUCUCUGGGCCUCUCCUCUGUAUCAUACAGCCGGGACAGUGCAUCUGCCUUCACGUUCUUCGUACCCAGAAUGUAUGACAGUGUGAAGUCAAACCGGGUGAAGAAUAGGGCCCACCUGGCCUGGCGAGGGUUCAGCCUCCUCGCUGCCCGGAUGUACUCCAGGUUACGGUGGUCCGUCACAGACGAGGAAUGGGUGUUUCGCUCCCUCAAGCCAAUGUCUCCACACUGUCAGAGCUCGGACAACAGCCAACAGCUCCCGAUCACCAACGCCAUAGUUCUGCUCCGCCGGGCUGAGCUUCUUUGAGAAGAACGCACAGGUGCGGAGCUUGGGUGGCGUGCCCGAGCGUUGAGACAGGACUGCUCCCAUCCCAACCUCGGACGCAUCCACCUCCACUACGAACGGUAAUGAUGGAUCGGGGUGGGCCAGUACCGGGGCCGAGGUGAACAGUUCCCUCAGGUUACUGAAGGCCCUGUCAGCCUCAGCAGACCAGCGGAGCCGGGAUGGCCCAGCCUUCAACAGAGAUGUAAUGGGAGCUGCGACCUUGCCAAAGCCCCGGAUAAACCUUCAAUAAUAGUUGGGAGAAGCCAAGGAAGUGCUGCACCUCCAUUACCAUGGUUGGAGUCGGCCAAUUACGCACGGCUGCAAUGCGGUCUCCCUCCAUCUCCACACCUGUGGUAGAAAUGCGGUAUCCGAGGAAGGAGACGGACUGCUGGAAAAACAUACACUUCUCUGCCUUAGCAUAAAGGUCAUUUUCCAACAGUCGGGCCAGUACUUUGCGAACCAGGGACACAUGCUCAGCGCACGUAGCGGAAUACACCAAGAUGUCGUCGAUGUAGACCACUACACCGUGACCAAGCAUGUCCCGAAACACCUCAUUCACAAAGGACUGGAAGACUGAUACUCGGAUACGCACCAGGUUGUACGCACUCCUGAGAUCUAAUUUAGUGAAGAAGUGCGCUCCAUGCAAUGACUCAACCACUGACGGAAUGAGGGGGAGAAGAUAACUCAAUCUAAUCGUCUCCUUGUUCAGUGGUCGAUAGUCAAUGCACGGGUGCAGACCGCCGUCUUUCUUCUUCACAAAAAAAGAAACUUGAGGAGGCGGGUGAAGUGGAGGGACGUAUGUACCCCUGGCACAGGGACUCGGUGACGUAUGUCUCCAUAGCCUCCGUCUCCGCCUGCGACAGGGGAUACACAUGACUCCUGGGAGGUACAGCGUCUACCCGAAGGUUUAUUGCGCAAUCCCCCGCCCGAUGAGGUGGUAAUUUAGUCGCUUUAUUUUUAGAGAAGACUUGUGCCAGAUCAUGGUACUCGGGGGGAAUGCGCACGGUGGAGGCACCGUCUGAACUUUCCACCAUGGUUGCACGAACGGAAACACCCAUACACCUACCCUAACCCUCUCGCGACCACCCCGUGAGAACCUUCUGCGGCCAUGAGAAAGUGGGGUUGUGGAGUGCUAGCCAUGGAAUACCUAACAGCACAGGGAAAGCAGGAGACAAUGAUGGAAAAAGUGACCUGCUCACAAUGCGUCUCCUGUGUGAUCAUGGUGACUGGUACCGUGACUUCCUUUAUCAACCCGGACCCUAAUGGUCGACUAUCAAGUGCUCUGAUGGGGAGUGGAAUGGAUAGGGGAACUAAUGAAAUGCCCUGGCGGCGUGCAAAAUUUUUGUCCAUAAAGUUCCCAGCUGCGCCUGAAUCGACUAGCGCCUUACACCGGGGAACUCUCAUGUGAUCAGGGAAGUAUAUGGGUAUAGUACAGUGCUUAGCAGAGGGCUCUGAACAAGAGUGGGUGCUCAAUAUCUGGGGUGAUGCCAGAGUGCCCUGCCGACCGCCUCCUGACCCAGAAGAGCGCUGACGACAACGUGUGAUGGAAUGUCCCUUCGUGCCAUCCGAGUGGCACUGGCGCUGUCGUCCUCCGCUCUCUCGGUGCGCGGUCCCACCCAGCUCCAUGAGCUCUAGAUCCGCGUCGGUCGGGGUGGGAACGGGCAGGCCUCCUCCAGGACGUCCUCUGGUUGCCAGCAGGUUAUCCAGACGAAUGGCCAUGUCCACCAGUUCGGGAAAAGACAAACUGGUGUCAUGGCAGGCUAGCUCCCGUUGGACUUCCUCCCGUAGAUGGCACCGGAACUGGUUGAUCAGGGCCCGCUUGUUCCUCCCGGACCCUGCUGCCAGGAUCCGGAACUCCAGCGCGAACUCCUGUACUGUCCCUUGCCUCAAGUGGACCAGCUGCUCACCCGCCUCUCGACCCUCGGGCGGGUGAUCGAAAACCGCCCGAAAUAGGCAGGCGAACUCCCUGUAGUCCUCCAACGCGGCUCCUCCUUCUCUCCAAACCGCGUUGGCCCACUCCAGGGCUUUCCCCGAGAGGCAGGAAAUGAGGACGGACACCUGCUCUCGUUCUGAUGGCGCCGGCCUGACACUGGAGCAGUACAGCUCCAGUUGGAGAAGGAAUCCCUGAUAUAGAGCCGGCGUCCCAUCGAACGCCCGAGGUCGGGAUAUCUGGAUCCCUCCGGGUGCUGUGAUGUAGGUGGCUGGAUCCGGUUGGCCAGCUGGUCUCGAUAGAUCGGUUCCUCUUCUCUCCAGGCGUUGGACGACCUGAAGAACCCGAUCCAUCGCUUCCCCCAAGCUGGCCAGCAUCGUGGAAUGCUCCUGGACCCUUGCCACGAUUCCAGGUGUGCGCUCUUCUCCCGCUGACUCCAUAGCUGGUGAAUGAUUCUGUGAUGUGUGAAUGACGGAGUCAAGCGCAGGAGGUAAAACACAGAAAUCAAGAGUUUAUUCAGUCUACAAUAAUGUAGCGCAUAUAGCGACAGAUCGAAACUAGCACAAGGGAAAAUCAACCUUGGCUGCAUACAAGUAAAGAGUAGCUCACUCACAAAGGACAAGGGGGCAGAGGGAACACUUAUACACAGACUAAUGAGGGAAUGAGUAACAGGUGUGUGUGAUUGACAAGACAAGACAAGACAAGACAAAUGGAGUGAUGAUAAAUGGAGCGGUCGUGGCUUGUAAACCGGUGACGACGAACGCCGAAACCUGCCCGAGCAAGGAGGAGGGGCAGCCUCGGCUGAAUUCGUGACACACCAUGCCAAGCAGCUGGCCUGAGAACAGCUGUGUGUGAGAAUGACCCUGGGAGGAGAGACAGACACACAUCAUUACACAGCCAGGCUCCACGGCUGAAACGUAAACCAGAGGAUAACACUAUGUAGACUAGAGCAGGUUGCCUGAUAGUACAAUGGCCAUUACCCUGAAACAGACUGAGGAGUAUACUGUAGCAGCCUCUCUGCACUGUCUAUAAUCUGGUAUAUGGUACCUGCCUGGCUUGUGUUGGUGUGUUAUGACCAGCUGUCAGUGUGUUUAUGAUGCUGACUGAACUGAAUGAUGUCCAGGAAGUGUUUUACUGCUACACAGAAUGUCUCAUAUUCUCAGUCUGAAUGACAUUGUGUGUGUGUGUGAGCUGUCCACAGAACGAUCCAUAGAUCAAUCAGCACCCAAGGCUGUGUGUGUGUUUUACCAACCAGACUGUCAGAUAUCUGCUUUUUGCCUGGAGUGUUGAUACUGUAUGUGGAUUGAGGGUUUGUUUGUGUGAGUAUGUUGUUGUUGAUGUUUGUGUCUGGAAUUGCUGUGGUGUGUAUGCAUCAGUGUGUGUUUGUUUGUGUCCAGUGUGGUUCAGAAGGUCAGUCUCCUCUGCCCCUCUCUGUGAUGAUGUGGGGCAAGAUGGUUGGCUGGGGUGUAGGUGGGGCAGCUCGACACUGACAGCACAAUAAAUGGACCACUCUCACAGGUUACAACUCUAGAAUACAGAUGCUGGAUUUCUCUGUCAUAGAGAAAAUAUGAGAUGAACCUCCUCCACUGUCUCAGAUGUGGUGGAUUUGGUUAGUAUUAGUAAUCCAGUGGAUUCUAUGUGUCAUACAUUGUCCUAUUUCACUUGUUAACCAGAGUCUCUAGGCAGCCACACCUUGUGUGUAGUAGGCUAUGAUUGGUCUGUCCCAGUAUGCUAAGGGAAUGGUGUGUCCCCACCCCAGUGACUGUCCAGUAACUAUCCAGUCCAGACGCUGCAGCCUCAGACGGCGCUGUGUUUCCCAUGUUCUCACCCUCUAGUCCAGGGUUCUUCAAUUCCGGUCCUGGAGGGCUGAAACACCUCUGUUUUUCAUCCUCUCCUUCUAAUCAGGGGCUAAUUCAGACCUAGGACACCAGGUGAGUGCAAUUAAAUACCAGGUAGAAAUGAAAAACAGAAGUGUUUCGGCCCUCCAGGACCGGAAUUGAAGAACCCUGCUCUAGUCCAAUCAGUGGUCACUAGAGACCAUAUGUUCUCACCCUCUAGUCCAAUCAGUGGUCACUAGAGACCCUAUGUUCUCACCCUCUAGUCCAGUCAGUGGUCACUAGAGACCCUAUGUUCUCACCCUCUAGUCCAGUCAGUGGUCACUAGAGACCCUAUGUUCUCACCCUCUACUCCAAUCAGUGGUCACUAGAGACCAUAUGUUCUCACCCUCUAGUCCAAUCAGUGGUCACUAGAGACCAUAUGUUCUCACCCUCUAGUCCAAUCAGUGGUCACUAGAGACCCUAUGUUCUCACCCUCCAGUCCAAUCAGUGGUCACUAGAAACCCUAUGUUCUCACCCUCCAGUCCAAUCAGUGGUCACUAGAGACCAUAUGUUCUCACCCUCUAGUCCAAUCAGUGGUCACUAGAGACCAUAUGUUCUCACCCUCUAGUCCAAUCAGUGGUCACUAGAGACCCUAUGUUCUCACCCUCCAGUCCAAUCAGUGGUCACUAGAAACCCUAUGUUCUCACCCUCCAGUCCAAUCAGUGGUCACUAGAGGCGAGACGGAAGCUAUGGAUGCAAGGGCUAUGGAUGCAAGGACUGACCACCCAUGAUAUAAAAAUUAUACUUUUAACCAUGUUUUGAGACUAUAUAGUGUUUGUUUAGAUUUACUUUGUUUACAAACAUUUGAGUAAAACAAACUUAUAUUUUGAGUUCUGAUGGGGUACGACAGUUGAACUAAGCUCAUGAGGUAUUUAUAAGCUAUAUUCUUCAAGAAUCAAUGGGUACAUAUCAUUAAUUUAUGUCAAAAAAUGUAUGUAGCAACUGCAGAUUGCCCCUUUAAGAGCUUUAACACACUGAUGUCCCUCUCAUACGAGCACCACCUGGGUUAAAUGUCUAAAGCAGGGUUCCCCAACUGGUGGGCCACAGGCUGAAUUUGGCCCACAGGUGAUUUUAUAUGACCCCCCAAGUUUUUUAUAGUUUUUUUUAUUGUUGAACAUUAAAGACUGUAAAACCCAUAGCAAAUCAGCUCCAAAUGAUUUUAAUUUUGGAAAUCUGUUCCAUAGUAUUCCCAAGCAUAAUAGAGAGGCAUAUGUGAUCGUAUAAAACAACACAAUCUCACACUCAAUUUGUGCAAAUAUGUACAAAAAGUAUUUCAGCAGAUUUAAUGUGUUUUUGUGCAUUUUUAUGUAGCUUAAUUCGUGUGAAAAUACACAUUUAUGUGCGACUUAAUUCGUAGGAAAAGACACCUUUUUGUGCGUCUUCAUUCAUAGGAAAAUACAUUUUGGGGGGCAAACAACCUUUUGAAAGUUAUUAGAGCAAUGCAUGAUGUGUCUUUUUUUGUGUCCCACAUUUAUUUAUAUAAAAAACCAAACGUGUUAACAACCCAAUAUUGUUAAUCAACCAGGUUGUCACCGAAAUAAUUAUAAUAUAAUAGUAUCCUUACGUUUUUUUAAUUUAUUAAUGCCAAUACUGUUUUCUAUGCUUAUGUUCGCUUAAUACUUUGGGAUACUUGUGCUCUUGUAGUCAGAAAGGACCUUUUUUUAUGAAGGCAGUUAGUAGGCCUUCACGAUUUUCUUCAUAAUGCAUUUCAUAUUUUGUGGAGCCUACAUUACACAAUUUUCUUCAUAAUGCAUUUAAUACAAGGCUUCACUUUUUCAUGUACAUUACACCAUUUCUUUCAUAAUGCAUUUUAUACAAGGCUAUGUCAAAUUUUGUGAGGGUUGCCAGAUUGGAGAAAAAAUACAGAUUUUUAUGUUUUUAUUUUUUGGUAUCAAUGAAGGUAUUUGAUUGGACUUUGAACGGCCCCACAAACCGCGGGCUCAGCUUCCGGCAGGGCAGGCGGAGGGGCAGAUUCUGGGUCGAGAGCCAGACCCAAUCACCCGGUACAAAGACCGGGGCCUCACUGCGGUGGCGGUCAGCGUUGGCCUUCUGAUGACGCACGGCGCGUUGGAGGUGGACGUGGGCAGUGUCCCACGUCUCCUCCAUGUGCCGAAACCAGUCAUCCACCGCAGGAGCCUCGGUCUGGCUCUGGUGCCACAUUGGAAUGGCGUUAGGUUAGUGGAGGAGUGACGGAGAGAGUUCUGGGCACCGACCACUCCCCCGGCCGGUCCUGGCAGUAGGACCGAAGGAACCUACCCACAUCCUGAUUUACCCAUUCCACCUGCCCAUUAGACUCGGGGUGGAAACCAGAGGUAUGGCUGACGAGACCCCCAGAUGUUCCAUGAAUGCCUUCCAGACCUUGGAUGUGAACUGGGGACCUCGGUCAGACACUAUAUGCUCUGGUACCCCGUAGUGAUGGAAGACGUGUGUAAACAGGGCCUCUGCAGUUUGCAGGGCCGUGGGGAGACCGGACAGAGGAAGGAGGCGGCAGGCCUUGGAAAAGCAGUCCACAAUGACCAGGAUGGUGGUGUUACCUUGGGAGAGGGGAAGAUCAGUCAGAAAAUCAACACUCAGGUGAGACCAUGGUCAUUGUGGAACUGGUAAAAGUUGUAACUUACCCGCUGGGAGGUGCCUAGGUGCCUUACUCUGGGUGCACACCGAGCAGGAGGAAACACCCUCACGUCCUUAGCCAAGGUAGGCCACCAGUACUUUCCGGUCAGGCAGCGCACUGUACGACCGAUACCUGGCUGACCAGAGGAGGGUGACGUGUGUGCCCAUUAGAUCAGACGAUCACGGAUAAGAGCAGGCACGUACUGCAGCCAAGCUGGACACUGAGGUGGAGAUGGCGCUGUGCGUAAUGCCUGCUCUAUAUCCGUGUCCAUCGCCCAUCCUACCGGCGCCACAAUGCAGGAUGCCGGGAGUAUAUGGCUGUUGUCUCUGGGCCUCUCCUCUGUGUCAUACAGCGGUGACAAUGCGUCUGCCUUCACGUUCUUCGUACCCGGGAUGUAUGAUAGUGUGAAAUCAAACCGGGUGAAGAAUAGAGUCCACCUGGCCUAGCGAGGAUUCAGCCUCCUCGCUGCCCGGAUGUACUCUAGGUUACGGUGGUCCAUCCAGACAAGGAAAGGGUGUUUCGCCCCUUCGAGCCAAUUCCUCCACACGGUCAGGACUCGGACAACAGUCAACAGCUCCCGAUCACCAAUGGCGUAGUUCUGCUCCGCCGGGCUGAGCUUCUUAGAGAAGAAGGCACAGGUGCGGAGCGUGGGUGGUGUGCCCGAGUGUUGAGAUAGGACAGCGCCUAUCCCUACCUCGGAUGCAUCCACCUCCACUACGAAUGUACACAGUUACGCUGGAUAGCGUCAACAGUCCAGUGCGCAAAACAGGCGCACUGGAACAAAUACAGGCACACAGGGGAAAAUAUACCUCGCCAACAUAUAACUAUUCACCCCCCCAAAGUCAAUACUUUGUAGAGCCACCUUUUGCAGCAUUUACAGCUGCAAGUCUCUUGGGGUAUGUCUCUAUAAGCUUGGCACAUCUAGCCACUGGGAUGUGUUGCCCAUUCUUCAAGGCAAAACUGCUCCAGCUCCUUCAAGUUGGAUGGGUUCUGCUGGUGUACAGCAAUCUUUAAGUCAUACCACAGAUUCUCAAUUGGAUGGAGGUCUGGGCUUUGACUAGGCUAUUCCAAGACAUUAAAAUGUUUCCCCUUAAACCACUCAAGUGUUGCUUUAGCGGUAUGCUUAGGGUCAUUGUCAUGCUGGAAGGUGAACCUCCGUCCCAGUCUUAAAUCUCUGGAAGACUGAAACAGGUUUCCCUCAAGAAUUUCCCUCUAUUUAGCGCCAUCCAUCAUUCCUUCAAUUCUGACCAGUUUCCCAGUCCCUGCCACUGUGGGGAUGGUUUCUCGGGGUGAUGAGAGGUGAUGAGAGGUGUUGGGUUUACUCCAGACAUAGCGUUUUCCUUGAUGGCCAAAAAGCUCAAUUUUUGUCUCAUCUGACCAGAGUACCUUCUUCCAUAUGUUUGGGGAGUCUCCCACAUGCCUUUUGGCGAACACCAAACAUGUUUGCUUAUUUCUUUCUUUAAGCAAUGGCAUGUUUCUGGCCACUCUUCUGUAAAGCCAAGCUCUGUGGAGUGUACGGCUUAAAGUGGUCCUAUGGACAGAUACUCCAAUCUCCGCUGUGGAUCUUUGCAGCUCCUUCAGGGUUAUCUUUGGUCACUUUGAUGCCUCUCUGAUUAAUGCCCUCCUUGCCUGGUCCGUGAGUUUUGGUGGGCGGCCCUCUCUUGGCAGGUUUGUUGUGGUGCCAUAUUCUUUCAAUUUUUUAAUAAUGGAUUUAAUGGUGCUCCGUGGGAUGUUCAAAGUUUCGGAUAUUUUUUUAUAACCCAACCCUGAUCUGUACUUCUCCACAACUUUGUCCCUGAACUGUUUGGAGAGCUCCUUGGUCUUCAUGGUGCCCCUUGCUUAGUGGUGUUGCAGACUCUGGAGCCUUUCAGAACAGGUGUAUAUAUACUGAGAUCACCUGACACUUAGAUUGCACACAGGUGGUCUUUAUUUAACUAAUUAUGUGACUUCUGAAGGUAAUUGGUUGCACCAGAUCUUAUUUAGGGGCUUCAUAGCAAAGGGGGUGAAUACAUAUGCACGCACCACUUUUCCGUUAUUUAUUUUUUAGAAUUUUUUGAAACAAGUUAUUUUUUUAAUUUCACUUCACCAAUUUGGACUAUUUUGUGUAUGUCCAUUACAUGAAAUACAAAUAGAAAUCCAUUUAAAUUACAGGUUGUAAUGCAACAAAAUAGGAAAAACGCCUAGGGGGAUGAAUACUUUUGCAAGGCACUGUAUUUGUCUACCAAUAUGAUGUGGAUCAUUGUCAGGUUAUUAGAUAUAUACAGUGCAUUUGGAAAGUAUUCAAACCCCUUGACUUUUUCCACGUUUUAUUACGUUACAGCCUUAUUCUAAAAUUUAUUAAAUAAAAAUGUUCCCUCAUCAAUCUACACACAAUGCCCCAUAACGACAGAGCGAAAACUGUAUGUUUUGAAAAUUUUGCAAAUGUAUAAAACAUCAAAACAGAAAUACCCUUUGCUAUGAGACUCAAGAAAAUUGAGCUCAUGUGCAUCCUGUUUCCAUUGAUCAUCCUUGAGAUGUCUUUACAACUUGGAGUCUUGGAUUGGAGUCCACCUGUGGUAAAUUAUAUUGAUUGGACAUGAUUUGGAAAGGCACAAACCUGUCUAUAUAAGGUCCCACAGUUGACAGUGCAUCUCAGAGCAAAAACCAAGCCAUGUGGUCGAAGGAAUUGUCCGUAGAGCUCCGAGACAGGAUUGUGUCGAGGGGAAGGGUACCAAAAACAUUUCUGCAGCAUUGAAGGUCCCUAAGAACACAGUGGCCUCCAUCAUUCUUAAAUGGAAGAAGUUUGGAACCACCAAGACUCUUCCUAGAGCUGGCCGCCCGGCCAAACUGAGCAAUCAGGGGAGAAGGGCCUUGGUCAGGGAGGUGACCAAGAACCCGAUGGUCACUCUGACAGAGCUCCAGAGUUCCUCUGUGGAGAUGGGCGCACCUUCCAAAAGAACAAGUUUCUCUGGUCUGAUGAAACCAACUCUUUGGCCUGAAUGCCAAGCAUCACGUCUGGAUGAAACCUGGCACCAUCCCUACAGUGAAGCACGGUGGUAGCAGCAUCAUGCUGUUGGGAUGUUUUUCAGUGGCAGGGACUGGGAGACUAGGAUAGAGGGAAAGAUGAAUGGAGCAAAGUACAGAGAGAUCCUUGAUGAAAACCUGCUCCAGAGUGCUCAGGACCUCAGACAAGGGCGAAGGUUCACCUUCCAACAGGACAACAACCCUAUCCAACCAGAGCUUGAGAGGAUCUGCAGAGAAGAAUGGGAGAAACUCCCCAAAUACAGGUGUGCCAAGCUUGUAGCGUCAUACCCAAGAAGACUCAAGGCUGUAAUCGCUGCCAAAGGUGCUUCAACAAAGUACUGAGUAAAGGGUCUGAAUACUUAUGUAAAUAUGAUAUUUAAGUUUUUAAUUUUUUACAAAUUUGCAACAAAAAAACAACAACUUUUUUUUGUUGCUUUGUCAUUAUGGAGUAUUGUGUGUAGAUUGAUGAGAUUGUUGUUUUUUAAAUCCAUUUUAGAAUAAGGCUGUAACGUAACAAAAUGUGGAAAAGGUCAAGGGGUCUGAAUACUUUCCGAAUGCACUGUAAGCUUCAGUAACAAAUGAACACCAUGGUUGUAAUAACACUUUAAACAGGUAGUUUGUAUAUUUGUAGAAUGUGUUUGUUUUGGGUCCACACUGGUAAGUUAACUUAUAUACAGUGGGGGAAAAAAGUAUUUAGUCAGCCACCAAUUGUGCAAGUUCUCCCACUUAAAAAGAUGAGAGAGGCCUGUAAUUUUCAUCAUAGGUACACGUCAACUGUGACAGACAAAUUGAGAAAAAAGAAUCCAGAAAAUCACAUUGUAGGAUUUUUAAUGAAUUUAUUUGCAAAUUAUGGUGGAAAAUAAGUAAACAAGCAAGAUUUCUGGCUCUCACAGACCUGUAACUUCUUCUUUAAGAGGCUCCUCUGUCCUCCACUCGUUACCUGUAUUAAUGGCACCUGUUUGAACUUGUUAUCAGUAUAAAAGACACCUGUCCACAACCUCAAACAGUCACACUCCAAACUCCACUAUGGCCAAGACCAAAGAGCUGUCAAAGGACACCAGAAACAAAAUUGUAGACCUGCACCAGGCUGGGAAGACUGAAUCUGCAAUAGGUAAGCAGCUUGGUUUUAAGAAAUCAACUGUGGGAGCAAUUAUUAGGAAAUGGAAGACAUACAAGACCACUGAUAAUCUCCCUCGAUCUGGGGCUCCACGCAAGAUCUCACCCUGUGGGGUCAAAAUGAUCACAAGAACGGUGAGCAAAAAUCCCAGAACCACACGGGGGGACCUAGUGAAUGACCUGCAGAGAGCUGGGACCAAAGUAACAAAGCCUACCAUCAGUAACACACUACGCCGCCAGGGACUCAAAUCCUGCAGUGCCAGACGUGUCCCCCUGCUUAAGCCAGUACAUGUCCAGGCCCGUCUGAAGUUUGCUAGAGUGCAUUUGGAUGAUCCAGAAGAGGAUUGGGAGAAUGUCAUAUGGUCAGAUGUAACCAAAAUAUAACUUUUUGGUAAAAACUCAACUCGUCGUGUUUGGAGGACAAAGAAUGCUGAGUUGCAUCCAAAGAACACCAUACCUACUGUGAAGCAUGGGGGUGGAAACAUCAUGCUUUGGGGCUGUUUUUCUGCAAAGGGACCAGGACGACUGAUCCGUGUAAAGGAAAGAAUGAAUGGGGCCAUGUAUCGUGAGACUUUGAGUGAAAACCUCCUUCCAUCAGCAAGGGCAUUGAAGAUGAAACGUGGCUGGGUCUUUCAGCAUGACAAUGAUCCCAAACACACCGCCCGGGCAACGAAGGAGUGGCUUCGUAAGAAGCAUUUCAAGGUCCUGGAGUGGCCUAGCCAGUCUCCAGAUCUCAACCCCAACAAAGGGUAUAUAACAAAGUAUUGAGAAACUUUUGUUAUAUACCAAAUACUUAUUUUCCACCAUAAUUUGCAAAUAAAUUCAUUAAAAAUCCUACAAUGUGAUUUUCUGGAUUUUUUUUUCUCAUUUUGUCUGUCAUAGUUGACGUGUACCUAUGAUGAAAAUUGCAGGCCUCUCUCAUCUUUUUAAGUGGGAGAACUUGCACAAUUGGUGGCUGACGAAAUACUUUUUUUCCCCACUGUAAAUGUCUAGUCACAGAGGAUUGGUCAGGCCAUAGCACUUUCCAUUCAGCUUCAGGCAACUUUGAUGUAAGGCUUGAUCACACCUGUAGUGACUACUUCUAUCCGUCACACCCAUUGUUGCUAAUUUAUUGUUCACUAGAUAUAUCAAUGUAAUAACACCCAACACAAUGUUGAAAAACAGAAUGCUUCCCACCACUAGAUCAAAUAACUAGACAUGAGCUGGAUGUGAUCCCAAUGCGUGAUCCCAAUGUAGAGGAAGAAAGUGAACGCUGCAACAGGAACUCUAACCAGGGCCGUUGCAAUGAAAGCCUAUUAGGCCUCUGGGCAGAGACAGUAGGCCUACAAUGCUGGCAUAUGCCUUGUUACAAUAGCCUAAGUAUAUAACAUGAUUGACACAACCGUAAUAAUCAUCAUGAAACGGCCUUGGAAGUGCCAUAAGUGUAAGCCAACAUAAUUCUACAUUAACCUGUUUAACUACAUUGAUAUGGCUUAUAAGAUCAUAGUCCAGACUCGUUAAAGUUGCAAAUACCAUGGAGUUGCACCAGGGGAAUUUCAACCAAACAUAUUAUUUUUUUGCAGGUCUUCUGUUUCCCUAAAGUUAGUGGUGAAUUAAUUUCCCAUCAUGAAAAUAUAUCCCUAUUCCCCAAACAAAUAGCUUAAUCGAUACCAAAAAAACUCCAAUCUGGCCACCCUCAUAAAAUCCGACAUACAAUAGCACCAAUAUCCCAAAGUAUUUAGUGAAAACAAGCAUAGAAAACAGCAUAGGCAUAAAACAAAUUUUUUAAAUACGUUUUUAGGUGAUUAACGAUAUUGAGUUGUUAACACGUUUGUUUUUUUAUUUAAAUAAACGUGGGACGCAAAGGCAGUGUAGAACACCAUUGCCCAAAAUGCAUUGCUCCAAUAACUUUAAAAAUAUUGUUUUAAAGUUUGCCCCCCAAAAACGUAUUUUCCUAUGAAUUAAGUUGCACAAAAAUGUGUCUUUUCCUACUAAUUAAGUAGCACAAAAUGUGCAUUUUCACAUGAAUUAAGCCACACAAAAACAAACAAAAAACGCAUGCAAUCUGCUGAAAUACUUUUUGUACAUAAAUUAUUUGCACGAAUUGAGUGUGAGAUUGUGUUGCAUACAAAUGUAAGCAAGGUUUGAAAUGAUUAUGUUUCAGUCAGAUAUUAUAUCUGUUUGAGCUUCUUGCGAUCAAUUUGCAGUCUACAAAUUAUUUGUAAUUGUGCUCCGGCCCCCGGACCAUCCACUCAAGAAAAAAUCGUCCUGCAGCUGAAUCUAGUUGAUGAUCCCUGAUCUAAUGGUUCUGGGAAGAUGUAAUAUAUAACGUUAUAUCAUAUAUUAGGGAUGUGCAUCAUUCCCUUUCAAGACGAUUCGAUACAUACAUGGGCUCCGAUACGAUACAGGAGCUAUACGUAUUAGUUUGAAACGAAUAGGUGCGAUUCGGUUUGAUUAGAGAACGAAUUGAAUCGAUACGAUUCGGUUCGAUGAGAUACGAUUCGAUGCACUAACAUUUGUUGCAUAAAUACAUUCAUCGUCCAUUCCAAAUUCAAAUCUGCUGCUGAUAGAGCUCAUGAGCAGGGUAUCUGAGCUGGAUCUGUCUGAGCUGACUUUGUGUGUGUGUGUGUUUGUAUAUGUGUAUCAAUAUUUAUCGUUUACAAAUUAGCUGUGAUUUAGCCAAUGAAUAGCACAAUUUUGGAUUACACCCCCAUCUCGAAAUCGAAUGGUUUUGACCAUUUGGAAACGUAAUUAGUUUAUUUUCCAGCCUUUUCUCCUCCCGCUUUAGUCAUGCCUCGCAAAAGUGAUUUCUCGUUAUGAAAUUAUCAACUUUACCCUGUAUCUGUGGCGUGUAUUCAUGGAUGCCAAGGGAAGACAGACUUCCCCAAAGAAUUGACAAAAAAUAAUAAUAAUACAAAUAAUAAUUUAUCUUUCGUCUCUCUGUGUUUCAUAAUUUUCCUUCAAUUCGCAAGAGGCUGAAUGUAUCUCAGAGGAGAAAGCAUCCGAGCGAGCGAAACAGCGCCCCUCUGUCUCUCUUCGUGUAGGCCGUCUAUCUGAUGCCGUCUGGUCCAAACGAGUAUUACAUUGUUUCCGCCCCUAGCAUUGAAGGCAAGGCAAGCCAGCGGACUUCUGGCCUCCUAUGACAAAAAAGUAUAAAAAAUUAGCCAAUCAACAUUGAGCUAAAUUGUGAAUGGUCCUGGUGCACCAAAAAAAGUGUCAAGGGAAGCCAGCUUGGAUUUGGCAUCACUCCUAUCAAAUCCCAUUGAGGUACAUCAUUGACAGAAAAACUUUGUUGCAUCUCCUUGUGUUGUUGUCCUCUUCGGUGGCUAGCUAGCCAGCUAGCUAAAAUUGGCCCUUUCCUAAAUUAGCCAUGGAUAGAGAUAGGGAUUUGGAUUUAUUUUUUUACUUAAUUCUCUGUACUGGCCAAUGAUUAUAACGCGAUUCUGAUCCAACCAUUAAUCCAACCAUUAAUUCAUACAUUAAUUCAUACAUUGUUGUGCCCGUGCGUGGGCUGAGAGGAUGGCUAGAUGUAGAAGGCUAAUGUUAACUAGCUAACGUUGCCCAUGAAUGGAAGUUAGGCUAGCGAGCAAGCAUUUUAGCCAGAUAGCCUAGGACAACAAAAAAUACUAGUGUGUACUGUAUGACAGAGUGAUAGACCAUGAAAGAGAGGAGGAUGGUAUUGGCGUUUCUCUACAAGUAGGGUGAGUCAACAUGUUUUUUCUACUUGCACAAAAGCGCACACACACAAGCACACAGAAAUCAGAACCAUGGAUAGCCACAUCAUAUUUAGCUUAGUUGAUUGGGGGGCUGUUAAUAGUCCGGGUAGCCAUUUGAUUAGCUGUUCAGGAGUCUUUAUGGCUUGGGGGUAGAAUCUGUUAGAAGCCUUUUGGACCUAGGUAUAGCCAGAUGUGCAUUGUGUCUCUGGUAGCUUAGUUGUAUUCCAGUAAAACACAGUUUUCAACAGCACAUUGAUAACAAUAAUCUAGCAAAUUACGGAAUGCAAAAUUACUUGUAGAUCAAUGACUGUCAACACAGUUACAUGCUUUUAGUUCGACACUGAAGGAGAGGACGCACCAGUUGUCACAAAAUAUCAAGUAUUUUCAGAAAGUAUAAAGUAAUAUGAGAAACAAGAUGAUAUGGAUUCGGCAAUUCGUAAUGUUUGAAUCGAUUUUAUGAUGGAUGCAUGAUGCUACAUUUGGAUCAGUUUGGGGUCAGCAGACCAAUGCAGUCAUAUUUUAAACAUUUUAAUCGGGGAUCGAUGCAUAUCGGUGAAUUGUUACAUCCCUAUAAUAUAUGCCAUUUAGCAGAUGGUUUUAUCCAAAGCGACUAACAGUCAUGCGUACAUACAUUUUAUGUAUGGGGUGGUCCCGGGAAUCGAACCCACUACCCUGGCGUUACAAGCGCCAUACUCUACCAACUGUGUCAUUGAGGGAACAGGGGGUGAGUUCCUCAGCGGGUGAGUCCGUUGGAAAUAUUGUUGAUGAUGGGUUAUCAUUAUCCCUGGUGGCUUAACUGGCAAGGAGUUUUCCUCUUGUAAUUUAACAACACAGAUAUUGAACAUUUCCCUUACAAAUAAGGACUAAAUAUGUAAUAAAUUAUUUUAGCAGUGUUACAUUUCUCUCUCUACCCCCCUCUCCUUUCUCUUCCCUCUUUCUCCCUCCAGUGAGUGGUACUUGAAUGGGAACUACCUGGUCAUCAUGGUGUCCAUCAGUGUCAUCCUGCCUCUGGCUUUGAUGAAGCAGCUAGGUGAGAAAACCUUAAUAAUUGUAUAAUUAACCAUUUUAUAAUUAUAAGUGACAUUUUGUGUUAUGUUUUGUAAAUGAAGGUUCUCAGAACCAGUGACCUUCCUCUCUUCUGUCUCAUUUCUCCUCCCCCUCCUUCUCUUUCACAAUCCCCCUCUCUUGCCCCCUCUCCCUUUUCUCUUUAUUAUUUUGUUACAUGGCAAACACUCCCCCACUGUUUUAGGAUGGACUCAGAGUAGAUAUCUGUGCUAAACUGUGUCAUGUGAGAUAAUGUUACUCUCAGCAGUCCUAUGAAAAUGUAAAACUACCCAGCUCAGAAUUCCCUGGCUUCAGCUCCAUUUAAUGAGCUCUCUCAUUUAACAAAGUGAAAUGUCUACAAAGCUUUCAUCAAGUGACAGAGUAAGAGUCUCUCCCUCUGUGACGAGUACUGAGUAUACGAAGAGGCAGGACGCAGACGCAGGAAUUAACAAGGUCAAGGUUUACUUAACAAUGAGAACGAGAAAUAACAAACAGAGUAAACGACAGGAAGCUAAACAAUCUCACACAACAUCAUCCAGAACAGUCCAGGGCUAAAUAGGGGUGGUGAUGAGAUGAUGAGGUGCAGGUGCGCUGGAGGUGAUUAGGGUGCGUUGGGUUUCCAUUCCGGUGUUGCCGAGGUGGUGCGCUCAGACCGGUGGCUCUGUAGACCGGCGAAUCAGAGCGCCGGAGGGGAGCAACGGGAGGAGACGUGACACCCUCUUGGUUGUCUCUGUGUUUUUCUCCCAUAGAGGAGAGAGAGAGAGAGAGAGAGAUCGAGUAGAUAGAGGAGAGCUAUAUCGAUAUAUAGAUAUAGGCGAUAGGAUAUAUCUAUAUAGCUCAUAUACUCUAUUACUCUCUCGCGCGCAAUCGCUUCUAUCUCUUCUCUCUCUCUCUCUCUCUCUCUAUCUCUCUGAAGAUAGAUGCAUUUUUUUUCCCAUUCUGCCCAUGGUCCCAAGUAAUGAGCUGCAGUCCUGUUCAGUCUAGUCUACUGGGCCCUCUAAGAACAUACACGCUUAUGAUCUCACACCCAAAUACAUUGUCAUGAAACUGGGAAUGUUUGUAUAUAUUUCCUAUAAUUAGCAUUGGGAUUGAGGAAAUAUUAAACAUGAGUGAAAUAAGAGAGUCCUUCUAACCUCCCACAUUACUUUUCUCAGAGGAUAUAGCAGGGUCAAGUCUGAUGUGAGUAGUUCUGAUGUCGUCUCUGUGUCGUUUCAGGGUACCUGGGCUACACCAGUGGCUUCUCUCUCACCUGCAUGGUCUUCUUCCUCAUCUCGGUAUGUACUGUCAUAUUAUACAGCUGUAGACCUCCACCUGUUGCAGUGCUCUCAUAAUGGACCCAACCCUAUCUGGAGACCUGUGCGUAACAUAAUUUGAAUGCAAAUCUCCUAGUGACAUCAAUGCAUGAGUUACGCACAUGUCCGAGUUACGUGCACGGAUCUCAAGUCGUCACAAUAUGCAUGUGUGUCAACUAAAAUAUACUUUUCAUAUCUGCAGUAAUCAUCAUGUUUUGGGAUCCUUGCAGGAAAAGCAAAUCAAUUCACUAUGCUGGGCUUAGUCUCACUAUCAGUCAGUGAUCAGUGGUUCUUAGUCUCACUAUCAGUCAGUGAUCAGAGGUUCUUAGUCUCACUAUCAGUCAGUGAUCAGAGGUUCUUAGUCUCACUAUCAGUCAGUGAUCAGAGGUUCUUAGUCUCACUAUCAGUCAGUGAUCAGAGGUUCUUAGUCUCACUAUCAGUCAGUGAUCAGAGGUUCUUAGUCUCACUAUCAGUCAGUGAUCAGAGGUUCUUAGUCUCACUAUCAGUCAGUGAUCAGAGGUUCUUAGUCUCACUAUCAGUCAGUGAUCAGAGGUUCUUAGUCUCACUAUCAGUCAGUGAUCAGAGGUUCUUAGUCUCACUAUCAGUCAGUGAUCAGAGGUUCUUAGUCUCACUAUCAGUCAGUGAUCAGAGGUUCUUAGUCUCACUAUCAGUCAGUGAUCAGAGGUUCUUAGUCUCACUAUCAGUCAGUGAUCAGAGGUUCUUAGUCUCACUAUCAGUCAGUGAUCAGUGGUUCUUAGUCUCACUAUCAGUCAAUGAUCAGAGGUUCUUAGUCUCACUAUCAGUCAGUGAUCAGAAGUUCUUAGUCUCAUUAUCAGUCAGUGAUCAGAGGUUCUUAGUCUCACUAUCAGUCAGUGAUCAGAGGUUCUUAGUCUCACUAUCAGUCAGUGAUCAGAGGUUCUUAGUCUCACUAUCAGUCAGUGAUCAGAGGUUCUUAGUCUCACUAUCAGUCAGUGAUCAGAGGUUCUUAGUCUCACUAUCAGUCAGUGAUCAGAGGUUCUUAGUCUCACUAUCAGUCAGUGAUCAGAGGUUCUUAGUCUCACUAUCAGUCAGUGAUCAGAGGUUCUUAGUCUCACUAUCAGUCAGUGAUCAGAGGUUCAACCUCUUUAUUAUUCCGCUCUCCUCUCAGAUUUUUGUGGACAAGUUUUGUACCCUGCAGUUUCAGAUGGCGUUGGUCUGUGUGUGUGUGUGUGUGUCCAUAUGUGUGUGUGUGUGUGUGAGUAUGUGUUUCUCUGACCUAGUUUUAGUUCUGUGUGCUGUGCUCUAAUACAUGUCCGCUGCUCUCUGUCCCUGGCUGGGCCCUGCCAUAUUUCCAGCCCCUCUGUGUAGGCUAGUAUUAUGUAUGCAGUCCCAUUUCCUCGAGGCUCCUCCUCUCAUCCAGCCAAUUCCUUUUUCCUCUCCACAGGUCAUUUAUAAGAAGUUCCACACCCCCUGUCCCUUUUUGGACUUUACCUUUAACAGCACAGCCAGUGUGACUGCUGUUACCAAUGACACUGGUUACAACCCAGCCUGCGUUCCGAAAAUGGUCAACCUCAACUCACAGGUGGGUUCCUGUACAGUCAGUUCCAUCAGUCCAUCCAUUCCAGCCCUGUUAUUCAAAAAAACAUUUAAAUGGACGACAUGGUUCCAGUAAUGCCUGGCGAAAACCAAACUCUGCAUUCCACAGUAAGAACAUCAUACCAAAGGUCAAGCAUGGUGGUGGUGGUGUGAUGGUUUGGGGAUGCUUUGCUGCCUCAGGACCUGGACGACUUGCCUUAAUAGAAGGAACCAUGAAUUCUGCUCUGUAUCAGAGAAUUCUACAGGAGAAUGUCAGACCAUCCGUCUGUGAGCUGAAGCUGAAGCGCAGCUGGGUCAUGCAGCAAGACAAUGAUCCAAAACACACAAUCAAGUCUACAUGAAAAUUGCUAAAAAGCAACAAAUUGGAAGUUUUAGAAUGGCCUAGUCAAAGUCCAGACCUAUUCCCAAUUGAGAUGUUGUGGCAGGACUUGAAACGAGCAGUUCAUACUUGAAAACCCACACGUCACUGAGUUAAAGCAGUUCUGCAGGGAAGAGUGGGCCAAAAUUCCUCCACAGCGACGUGAGAGACUGAUCAACAACUACAGGAAGCAUUUGGUUGGAGUCAUUGCAGCUAAAGGUGGCACAACCAGUUAUUGAGUGUAAGGGGGCAAUUACUUUUUCACACAGGGGAAUUGGGUUUUGCAUAACUUUGUUUAUGAAAUAAAUAUGUAAUUGUUGUGUUAUUUGUUCACUUAUGUUCCCUUUAUCUAAUAUUAGGUUUUGGUUGAAGAUCUGAUAACAUUCAGUAUCACAAAUAUGCAAAAGUAGAGAAAAUUAGAAAGGGGGCAAAUACUUUUUCAUAGCACUGUAUAUGAUAUUCAUAUUAUGCAGUACUAAUAGUAACAGUAUAGUUGUAGUCUUUUGUAGUCAGUCAUACACUGAAGAAUUAGCGGUAGAGUAUUGACUAGUAUAUACAAUCCUAUUAUUAGCAUCCCUUAAAGAUGUGUGAGAUUUCCCUAGUCACCCAGGCUAGUUAGACCAAUCCCUCCUGCUGAUCAGCUUACUGCCCAGGCAUCCGUAAGCCGGCUAAAGCUGGACAGUAGCCAGGUCCAAGUUAAUCACAGGGAAACAAUUAGCUCUGUGUGAUGUGUGCUUCAAGGCCCUAAUGGCCAGUAAAACAAUGGGUUGAUGGUAAGACGGCUGGGACAGGCGCCGCCUUAUCCAUGGUGACUUCACAGUGUUCUAUUUUUUCCAGACGGCCUACACCAUCCCAAUCCUGGCGUUUGCCUUUGUGUGCCACCCUGAGGUCCUGCCCAUCUACACUGAGCUCAAAAAGUAGGUGCCCCACUUGCAACAGGAUGCAGCACUGUUGCUGUUUACUAUUGGACCCAGAAUUCAGUUCAGUCACCCUGCAGAUAGGAAAAUCAUUAUGUCAGCUUUGUCCUUGGCUACUCAUAUGCCAGUGUCAUAUAGCACACUGCCUUGCAUUCUCAGUAAUGUCAUGUGUAAAUACGCAUAGCUAGCCUGGCCAUAAUCUGAAUAAUCAUCCUGCUGCCUUGUUGAACCCACUAUAACAUCUGUCUCUUUAGAUUAAUCUGAUGUGUUCAGCCACAAUAUUACAUUCAUUUGAGUCUUGGAUCUUAUGUAACUCCUGAAGCACUCUCAGUCAGAGUAUGAUGACAAAAGCUAAAACUGGUAUUUUUUGUUUGUGUCUUUGUUGGUGUGUUGGUGUGUGUAAGUGUGUGUGACAUCACAUCAUGCAAUAUUCUCUGAUUUUAGCCCCACCAAGCAAAGGAUGCAGCAUGUGUCCAACAUCUCCAUUGUAGUCAUGUACACCAUGUACUUCCUGGCUGCUCUGUUUGGAUACCUGACCUUCUAUGGUGAGGCCCGCUCACCUCCAUGUCAUUAUAAUUCUCUCUCUCUCCCUCUCCCUCUCCCCUGUUCUCUCUCUCUCCCUCUCCCUCUCCCCUGUUCUCUCUCUCUCUCUCUCUCUCUCUCUCUCUCUCUCUCUCUCUCUCUCUCUCUCUCUCUCUCUCUCUCUCUCUCUCUCCAUGUCAUUAUAAUGAUCUUUCUCUCUCUCUCUCUCUCCCCUGUUCUCUCUCUCUCUUUUCACUGCUGCUCCUCCGACUGCUGAAUCUCAUACGUUUUCUCAGGCCCAUUUUACAUGAGUUUCAGGCUAGUUCAGUUUGCUAACAGCAAAGCCACUUCUCACGUUUGCCAUUCAUUUGCAUGGACACAGCUCUUUUAGGCUUGAGAGGCUGUUAUAACAUCAGUUAGUCUCAGAUGAGAAGAUGGGUCACGUCAUGUGGCUUCAGAAGUUAAGAUAGUGGUAGAGAAACAUAAUGAAGUAACUACUCCUCCUAGUGGCCAUUGCUCAUAUCAGACCGGUUUCUAAUAUCCCAAUGAUUCUACUCUAUGACAUUGUUAUAAGCACAAUCAGAGCAGUAUAUUACUGUAGUAUAUACAGGUAACUGCCAAGAAAAUGGAAACACUUGAGAAAUGAGUGAUACAAAGUACACUACCUUUCAAAGGUUUGGGGUCACUUAGAAAUGUCCUUGUUUUCUAAAUAAAAUCUAUUUUUUUGUCCAUUAAAAUAACAUCAAAUUGAUCAGAAAUACAGUGUAGACAUUGUUAAUGUUGUAAAUGGCUAUUGUAGCUGGAAACGGCUGAUUUUUUAUGGAAUAUCUACAUAGGCGUACAGAGGCCCAUUAUCAGCAACCAUCAGUCCUGUGUUCCAAUGGCACGUUGUGUUUGCUAAUCCAAGUUUAUCAUUUUAAAAAGCUAAUUGAUCAUUAGAAAACCCUUUUGCAAUUAUGUUAGCACAGCUGAAAACUGUUGUGCUGAUUAAAGAAGCAAUAAAACGGGCCUUCUUGAGACUAGUUGAGUAUCUGGAGCAUCAGCAAUUGUGUGUUUGAUUACAGGAUCAAAAUGGACAGAAACAAAGAACUUUCUUCUGAAAACCGUCAGUCUUUUCCAUGCGAGAAAUUGCCAAGAAACUGAAGAUCUCGUACAACGCUGUGUACUACUCCCUUCACAGAACAGCGCAAACUGGCUCUAACCAGAAUAGAAAGAGGAGUGGGAGGCCCCGGUGCACAACUGAGCAAGAGGUCAAAUACAUUAGUGUCUAGUUUGAGAAACAGCUUAAUUAAAUAGUACCCGCAAAACACCAGUCUCAAUGUCAACAGUGAAGAGGCGACUCCGGGAUGCUGACCUUCUAGGCAGAGUUGCAAAGAAAAAGCCAAAUCUCAGACUGGCCAAUAAAAAGAAAAGAUUAAGAUGGGCAAAAGAACACAGACACUGGACAGAGGAAGAUUGGAAAAAAGUGUUAUGGACAGACGAUUCAAAGUUUGAGGUGUUCGGAUCACAAAGAAGAACAUUUGUGAGACGCAGACCAAAUAAAGAGGGAGAUUUGUACAGGGUAAAAGGGAUCUUGAAGAAGGAAGGCUAUCACUCCAUUUUGCCACGCCACGCCAUACCCUGUGGACGGCGCUUGAUUGGAGCCAAUUUCCUCCUACAACAGGACAAUGACCCUAAGCACAGCUCCAAACUAUGCAAUAACUAUUUAGGGAAGAAGCAGUCAGCUGGUAUUCUGUCUAUAAUGGAGUGGCCAGCACAGUCACCGGAUCUCAACCCUAUUGAGCUGUUGUGGGAGCAGCUUGACCAUAUGGUACGUAAGAAGUGCCCAUCAAGCCAAUCCAACUUGUGGGAGGUGCUUCAGGAAGCAUGGGGUGAAAUCGCUUCAGAUUACCUCAACAAAUUGACAACUAGAAUGCUAAAGGUCUGCAAGGCAGUAAUUGCUGCAAAUGGUGGAUUCUUUGACAAAAGCAAAGUUUGAAGGACACAAUUAUUAUUUCAAUUAAAAAUCAUUAUUUCUUACCUUGUCAAUGACUACAUUUCCUAUUCAUUUUGCUAUAUUUCCUAUUCAUGUAUGUUUUCAUGGAAAACAAGGAAAUUUCUAAGUGAUCCCAAACUUUUGAACGGUAGUGCAUAUUGAAAGCAGGUGCUUCCACACAGGUGUGGUUCCUGAGUUAAUUAAGCAAUUAACAUUCUAUCAUGCUUAGGGUCAUGUGUAAAGUGCUGGGCAGGCCAUUAUUUUGGCUACCAUGGCAAUGCCGCCAUAGGAUGACAAUGCUCCCAUCCACAGGGCACGAGUGGUCACUGAAUGGUUUGAUGAGCAUGAAAAUGAUGUAAACCAUAUGCCAUUUGCCCAUCUCCAGAUCUCAACCCAAUUGAACACUUAUGGGAGAUACUGGAGCGGCGCCUGAGACAGUGUUUUCCAUCACCAUUAACAAAACACCAAAUGAUGGAAUUUCUUGGGGAAGAAUGAUGUCGCAUCCCUCCAAUAGAGUUCCAGACUUGUGGAAUUUAUGCCAAAGUGCAUUGAAGCUGUUUUGGCUCAUGGUGGCCCAUCGCCCUAUUAAAACACUUUAUGUUGGUGUUUCCUUUAUUUUGCCAGUUACCUGUAUCUCAAUAUAAGGCUCUGAGCACAAUGAUGAGCAGCAUGUAACGUGUAAGACAGAUUUUUUAUGCCUUCUGAUGGAAAAAACAUUGUUGUGAAUGAUAUGUUGCAUAUCAUUUGUACUACAUUUUCUGCUCUUACUGGAGUUGGUGGUUAUUGAUGCUUCGCUAAUCCCUCCUUCUGUGUGUCUGCCCCCUAUAGGUGAAGUGGAGUCAGAGCUGCUGCACACCUACAGCCGUCUGGACCCGUACGACACCCUGAUCCUGUGUGUCCGUCUGGCCGUGCUCACUGCUGUCACACUCACCGUCCCCAUAGUGCUCUUCCCUGUGAGUAGCCUAGUUACCUCUUUGCACAAAUGGUGUCUGGCUCAAUGGAACUGUGUAUGCCUAGAAGUAAAGAUGUGCAGUGCAUUCGGAAAGUAUUCAGACCACUUGACUUUUUCCUAGUUGUUUACGUUACAGCCUUAUUCUAAAAUGUAUUUAAAAAAUAAAUAUUGUCAAUCUACACACAAUACCCUAGAAUGACAAAGCAAAAACUUUUUUUUUUAAAUUGUUGCAAAUUUAUAAAAAAUCAACAACUUAAAUAUGACAUUUACAUAAGUAUUCAGACCCUUUACUCAGUACUUUGUUGAAGCACCUUUGGCAGCGUUUAUAGCCCAGAGUCUUCUUGGGUAUGACGCUACAAGCUUGGCACACCUGUAUUUGGGGAGUUUCUCCUAUUCUUCUCUGCAGAUCCUCUCAAGCUCUGUCAGGUUGGAUGGGGAGCAUCGCUGCACAGCUAUUUUCAGGUCUCUCUAGAGAUGUUCCAUCAAGUUCAAGUCCGGGCUCUGGCUGGGCCACUCAAGGACAUUCAGAGACUUGUCCCGAAGCCACUCCUACGUUGUCUUGGCUGUGUGCUUAGGGUCGUUGUGCUGUUGGAAGGUGAAGCUUCGCCUCAGUCUGCGGUCCUGAGCACUCUGGGCAGGUUUUCAUCAAGGAUCUCUCUGUACUUUGCUCCGUUCAUCUUUCCCUCGAUCCUGACUAGUCUCCCAGUCCUUGCCGCUGAAAAACAUCACCACAGCAUGAUGCUGCCACCACCAUGCUUCACCAUAGGGAUGGUGCCUGGUUUCAAUCUUAGUUUCAUCAGACCAGAGAAUCUUGUUUCUCAUGGUCUGAGAGUCCUUUAGGUGCCUUUUGACAAACUCCAAGUGGGCUGUCAUGUGCCUUUUCCUGAAGAGUGGCUUCAGUCUGGCCACUCUACCAUGAAGGCCUGAUUGGUGGAGUGCUGCAGAGAUGCUUGUCCUUCUGGAAGGUUCUCCCAUCUCCACAGAGGAACUCUGGAGCUCUGUUAGAGUGACCAUCGGGUUCUUAGUCACCUCCCUGACCAAGGCCCUUCUUCCCCGAUUGCUAGGAAGAGUCUUGGUGGUUACAAACUUCUUCCAUUUAAGAAUGAUGGAGGCCACUGUGUUCUUGGGGAUCUUCAAUGUUGCAGAAAUGUUUUGGUACCCUUCACCAGAUCUGUGCCUCGACACAAUCCUGUCUCGGAGCUCUACGGACAAUUCCUUCAACCUCAUGGCUUGGUUUUUGCUCUGCCAUGCACUGUCAACUGUGGGACCUUAUAUAGACAGGUGUGUGCCUUUCCAAAUCAUGUCCAAUUAAUUGAAUGUACCACAGGUGGACGCCAAUCAAGUUGUAGAAACAUCUCAAGGAUGAUCAUUGGAAACAGGAUGCAACUGAGCUCAAUUUCGAGUCUCAUAGCAAAGGGUCUGAAUACUUAUGUAAAUAAGGUAUUUCUGUUUUUUAUUUGUAAUAAAUGUGCAAAAAUUUCAAAAAACCUGUUUUUACUUUGUCAUUACGGGAUAUUGUGUGUAGAUUGAUGAGGAAACAAAUUAAAAGGUGAAAAGGGCAUAUUAUUAUAUUAAAGCAGUGGCUUUCUGCUCCUCUUUGAUGAAAGGUUGUGUCUGUGAAUAUGAAUAGUGUUGUGACUGUGCUUUUCUGCCCUUGUUCUCGUCAGGUAAGGAGAGCCAUCCAGCAGUUGUUUUUCCCCAACAAGACAUUCUACUGGCCCCGCCACAUUGCUAUCGCUGUCACCCUGCUCACUCUCAUCAACAUGCUGGUCAUCUUCGCACCUAACAUCCUGGGCAUCUUCGGCAUUAUUGGUAGGUAUUUUAAAAAUGCACGUCUCUAGAAAGGAUGCCUUUAGACGCAAGGCUACCUGAAAUUGGACCUCAUUGGAUAGAAAAGGGCACAACUGCCUAUGAAUGAAAGCUUAGAAUGAGGUAAGACAUUGAUUUAUAUAAGAUACACUAGUAUGCAUCAUUUUAAUUUGUAACAAAAUGUAAAACAAUUAGUAACUUUACUUCAGGAAUAUACUUUUAAUUCUGACCCUUUUGGAAUAAAGCAGUCUAAACUUCUGCACUGUCAUCAUGACUUUACUAAGAGGAAAUGUUAUUAUACAGACAGACAGAGAUCUAGUUGCCCUCAGCUACUUUACAGUAAAGUCAGGGCCCUCACAGCUUAAUGAUCAUAGCGUCUUUCAUUUCACCCUCGACCCUUUGAUCCCCUAUGCAUUAAAUCCUCAGUGAUGGAUUUGGAGACAUUUUAGGGGAAAGCUCUUAAAUCACCUCAGGAAUGCAUACUAUAAACCUUAAUCAAAGUCUUGUGAUCGUUAUGCAACUGAAACGUUCAAUCAUUUCCUGAAGGACUAUAAUGCAUUGUACAGUGCCUUGCAAAAGUAUUCAUCCCCCUUGGCGUUUUUCCUAUUUUGUUGCGUUACAACCUGUAAUUUAAAUUGAUUUUUAUUUGGAUUUCAUGUAAUGGACAUACACAAAAUAGUCCAAAUUGGUGAAGUUUCAACAAAUUCGAAAAAAUAAAUAACGGAAAAGAGGUGCGUGUAUUCACCCCCUUUGCUAUGAAGCCCCUAAAUAAGAUCUGGUGCAACCAAUUACCUUCAGAAGUCACAUCAUUAGUUAAAUAAAGACCACCUGUGUGCAUUCUAAAUGUCACAUGAUCUGUCACAUGAUCUCAGUAUAUAUACACCUGUUCUGAAAGGCCCCAGAGUCUGCAACACCACUAAGCAAGGGGCACCACCAAGCAAGCGGCACCAUGAAGACCAAGGAGCUCUCCAAACAGGUCAGGGACAAAGUUGUGGAGAAGUACAGAUCAGUGUUGGGUUAUAAAAAAAUAUCCAAAACUUUGAACAUCCCACGGAACACCAUUAAAUCCAUUAUUAUUAAAUGGAAAGAAUAUGGCACCACAACAAACCUGCCAAGAGGGGUCCGCCCACCAAAACUCACGGACCAGGCAAGGAGGGCAUUAAUCAGAGAGGCAGCAAAGAGACCAAAGAUAACCCUGAAGGAGCUGCAAAGCGCCACAGCGGAGAUUGGAGUAUCUGUCCAUAGAACCACUUUAAGCCAUACACUCCACAGAGCUGGGCUUUACGGAAGAGUGGCCAGAAAAAAAGCCAUUGCUUAAAGAAAUAAAUAAGCAAACACGUUUGGUGUUCGCCAAAAGCCAUGUGGGAGACUCCCCAAACAUAUGGAAGAAGGUACUCUGGUCAGACUAAAAUUGAGCUUUUUGGCCAUCAAGGAAAACGCUAUGUCUGGCGCAAACCCAACACCUCUCAUCACCUCGAGAACACCACCCCCACGGUGAAGCAUGGUGGUGGCAGCGUCAUGCUGUGGGGAUGUUUUUCAUCGGCAGAGACUGGGAAACUGGUCAGAAUUGAAGGAAUGAUGGAUGGCACUAAAUACAGGGAAAUUCUUGAGGGAAACCUGUUUCAGUUUUCCAGACAUUUGAUACUGGGAUGGAGGUUCACCUUCCAGCAGGACAAUGACCCUAAGCAUACUGCUAAAGCAACACUUGAGUGGUUUAAGGGGAAACAUUUAAAUGUCUUGGAAUGGCCUAGUCAAAGCCCAGACCUCAAUCCAAUUGAGAAUCUGUGGUAUGACUUAAAGAUUGCUGUACACCAGCGGAACCCAUCCAACUUGAAGGAGCUGGAGCGGUUUUGCCUUGAAGAAUGGGCAAAUAUCCCAGUGGCUAGAUGUGCCAAGCUUAUAGAGACAUACCCUAAGAGACUUGCAGCUGUAAUUGCUGCCAAAGGUGGCUCUACAAAGUAUUGACUUUGGGGGGGGGUCUUAUUACGUAUUUGUUUCACAAGAAAAAAUAUUUAGCAUCUUCAAAAUGGUAGGUAUGUUGUGUAAAUCAAAUGAUACAAACCCCCCAAAAAUCCAUUUUAAUUCCAGGUUGUAAGGCAACAAAAUAGGAAAAAUGCCAAGGGGGGUGAAUACUUUUGCAAGCCAUUGUACAUAUGCCUUAGUUUUAGCAUCUUAUUGUCCCCACAGUUUCAUUAGUAUUUUUGAGUGAACAGUAAUCUGUUGUGUUUAACACUAAGUUUAAGACUUUCCAUGCCAAUAAAGCCUUUUGAAUUUAAUCUCUUUGGUUUCUGCUGGUGUCAUUCUGACAGUCAGGGAGACAAAGGACGCUUUUGGGGGACUUUCGUGACAUCGCUAGGCUACCUCCUCGCUGUUAAAUUGCACUUUUGUUAUUCUACAGUUCUGUGGAGCUCAUUGUUUGACACGGUUGCUAAAGAGUGUCUUUGACCUCUCCUCGCUCAGGUGCCACGUCUGCCCCCUGCCUCAUCUUCAUCUUCCCUGCUGUCUUCUACAUCCGCAUCGUACCCGAAGAGGAGGAGCCCAUGCGCUCCACCCCCAAAAUCCUGGUGAGCGAUGUCCCC